AUGCAUUCAGAAAAACUAAUUUUGAAUGAGUCAAGCAAUUACAUUUUCCAGUGGCAAUUUUAUAAGCAGAACCACAGAAGGUAAUGAACAGCCUUCUGUCCACUCUGUUACCUGGAGUGAUGUCAGCCACUGCAGUACUGUCACCCAAAGGUAGACCUGCAGGAGUAAAGUUGCAUACUUUGUCCUUGGAAAUUAAAAGAACUUGUAUUGAUUGGUAAACCUAAAAUAGUGUGCUUUUGGUACCUACUCAAAGCAGGACUGGGCAGGAAAAUGUGAUUUGUUGCUUCCUUCAGCUAUGGCCAAAGGCAUCAGCAUUAAGUAAUUCUUAAUCACGUGUUCAUUAGCAAAAAAUUCUUACAGACUUUACAGUGGGAGAAGCAGUUAGGCAGACUCCUAUCCUAUGCUUCUCUGUGGUUUUCUCUUACCCAGACAUCCUGAUCCAUCUUCAGACCUUUUCUUCUGAUUCUCCCAAAAAGCAAAAGUCUGAGCAAUUGGUAUGUCUGCCCCAAACAUUCUGCAGCUGUAUACCACCAUCUGCUGGACUCUUCCCUAACACCAGGCCAUCAUUGAAUGCAAAAGGGUCCUGCAAACAUUGUAGUAUACAAUCUUAGGACCUUCUUUCAACAUGACUUGGUAUCACUUUAAAUGUCCUGACCAUGCCGUCCAUGUCCAAAUUAGAGCUGAAAUUAUUUCAAUUUCCUGCAAAUCUUUUAAUCUUUCUUUUCUUUUCUUUUUUUGCAAAUAUUCCCAAUUACAGCUAUCAUUUGAUUUAGUUGGAUUGUGGGAUGGACAGAUAUAAAAGUAACUUUGUUUUCUUAAAUUUAGCAACAAAAUCUAUGACAAGUCUUUACCCAUCCAAGUGAAAUUUCAAGUUAAUUUCUCUUUCCAUGUGAGUAUAGAAGUGGGCAAAACAAAAAUGGAAGGAAGACAAAUCUGGCAGACUGAAUUUGCAGUGGACUGGAGGCAAUCCCUCAAUUUCCAAGUAUUAGAUUCACUUCUUUGAGAACAUGGUGCUCGUAGAGCAAAGCAGGGGAGGGAGGGCUGUAGGUUGGUGGUAGAGCGUUUGCUUUUCAUGCACAAGUUCCUAGGUUUAAUGUCUGACAUUUGGAGCAGCUCCCCUGCUCCACCUCCCUGGGAGCUGCUGUAGACCUGUGUGCCCUGGUGGAAGGCAGAAACAAAGGAGCCCAGGCCAGGGAGCACACAUACCACCAGCUCCCAGUUGGCAUGAGAGAACUCUGUCAGUCUUCAGUCAUUCAUUAUUAUUAUAGAUUUAUUUAUACCUCACCUUCCCCCCUGAAAGGGCUCAAGGCAGCUUACAGCAUAGCUGUCAACAUUUGCCUUUUUUAAAGGGAAAUUCCCUUAUUCCAAAUAGGAUUCCUUGCAAGAAAAGGGAACAGUUGACAGCUAUGGCUUACAGAUAAUGUAUUGGGUGCUGUGGCGAUCACACAGGGUCCCCAGACUUUUAACAGUCUCUUGAUCCCUGUGUCACCACUGUGCUCGCUUCCCCGCUGCCACCGACCCGUUAGUCUCUGAUAAAACACUGAGUCCAGUCAGUUGUUAAAAGUGAACACAAAAACCCCAAGUUUAUUUUACAAACAUUAACAAGUUUAUGGUUUCUCAGAUAAUAUUCCUGUCAGUAUCUUAACUUUAGUUUCUUUACCAGCCUAUACCUUCCUAAUACUUUCUGACUGAUUAUCUCAACUGUUUGACUGACUCCUCUUAACAAAUUCUCUCACUCUCUCACACCAGACUAGCCCAACCCACAGACUUAUCUUCUCUGAGUCUUCUAACUCCAGACUGUCUUCUCAACAACUCCAACUCACUAAAAAAACUCCGUGCUUAAACCUUAUACACAGUUAACUCUGCCCCCUGGGUUCCCAUUGGUUAGUCAUUUUACAAUUAGUUAACCCUUUCCCUAUGAACCCAGUAUGAUGUCACACACAUAGGAGGGCAAACGCCACAGGUGCCUUGGCAGAAAGGUAAUGUAUAAAUCCAAUAAAUAAAUAAUCUCCCAGUGGGGCUGGAAAUGUCCCCUGUCUGAGACCCUGAUAGUGUAGACAUUGCUGAAGUAGAUGGAAUUGGUCUCUUUGUUUGUGUUUCACUAUUUUUAUUCCUGUUCCUUUUCUUCAACUUGGUACCCUCUGUUUCAUGGUAGAACUUCAAAUGAUACACAGUCAACAAGGAGUGAUCUGUACCACAGCAGUGGUAGAUUCCCUAUAUAAUCCCCAAAUAUAUCUCGACUCUCUAUCUGCCUUUUGGACUUCUGUGAAAUGGAAGAUCAGAGGCAGGGGCCCGUUAAAGAUUCCAGCCCUCCUGCUUUCACACUCUUUGAUUCAAGUUAGUUCUUCCAGCAGACAUCUGAGGAAGGGAGAAUGAUGCUAAUGAGACACAAGGUCAGUCUUGAAAUGUUUUAUUUGGCGAAUUGGGGAAGAGAAAAAGCCCUGACACUCAAUUUCUCAGCUGUGCUGGUGUGAGCCUGAGACACAUCAGCUCUUGAGGCUGCCCUGAGAGCACAGUAUGUUCAUUUCAGGGGGAAGUGAUGGGACAGAGCACAGUAUGUUCAUUUCAGGGGGAAGUGAUGGGACACACGACAGCCUUUAAACAGGACCAAGGAAGCUCAGCAGGGUCAGUGUGAAAUCAAAUACAGAAACAACUAAAUAGGUAAGGGCUCUCUGCUUGGCUUCACAAAAGCCAAUCUAGGUAGAAAUAGCGUUUCACAACACCUGGUUAAGUAGCAAAUGAAAGAGACAGUUUUGACUUGCUAUGGUUUCCUACAGGUUCUAAAUUCACUAAGGCACUUUUGUGGCACAUGCACACACGCGCGCGCACACACACACACAUUUUUUCUUGAUUCUUAUUUCUAGAGCCACCCAAAAAGCAAAGGUAGUGAUGCUGGCCCAUAAGUAAACUUCCAAAAUCCAUAUUAGCUUCCCAAUUGGUGGUCUGUGUAACCCACCCAGAGAGUCAGUGGCAACAUUCACAUAAUGAAAACUACCACAGAGAUAUCAAAAUUUUCAAAAGUAAGAAGCCCAUCACUUGUUUUUGGGGGAAAACUUACCUAAUUGGGAACCACUGCUCUACACAGCCAUAUCCUUCCUGUGUUUGGGUGACUGAAGGGGGCUAGUAUGUGCCCAGAUUAAGAACAUAAAAUAAACCUGCUGGAUUGGGCCAAGGGCGCAUCUAGUCCACCAUUCUGUUCUCAUAGUGACCAACUGGAUGCUUGUGGGACACCAGAAACAGGACCUUCUAGCACAGCAGUUAGUCUAUCUGCAGCUCCCAGUAUGAAAAAGCUCUGUCCACAAUAAUCAAAAGAUCCCUUUCAAAUGGAAUGGUGGCACAAUCCAUUUAGGGAAUGACUCAAACUCUAGAAAAUUCAUUUGAUAUUCCAUAUAACCUUGCAGAAUUAAUGUUUUCGGCACUUUCUAUCUGGUUGGGGGUUUUUUUAACAGCACUGCUGUUGCUUAAACUCCCAAACAAGUUAACAAGUUUCAGAGCAAAUUAGAGUGUAACUAAUUCAUAGCAUUACCCCCAAAUUCAUUAUAAGAACCUUUUUGCACUGCAUAAUAAUGACAAUAUGAUUAAUGAGUAUCAAAGCUCAACAAUCCAAUGUUCCAGUCGAAUAGACUCUCGGCUCCUUGAAAUCCCAGCCUGCUUAGGAUGGGUCAAAUGUUCAUUUGUUCCAGGCCAUUAAGUAAAAGGUUUCUUUAAAUAUUAACCUUGAACUUGGCCAUAGAUUAGUUCUGUUUGUUUGUUUCUUAUUGAAGUUUUGAAAGAGACCAUUGUUCUGGGGAAACAAACCAAGAAACUUAUUUAAGGAACUAAUUCUAAGAAGUAGAAACUCUUUCUGUGGAAGGAUAGAUUAAAAAAAAAAGAUGUACAAACGGAAGUUCCACAAUUUUUUCCUCAAAAUGACUAUCAUCAGGCAUCUAGCAGACAUAAAGUUCAGUCAGAUGCAUGGGAUGUCUUCUGCCCAUUUAUUCCCUUGGGAACUGAUGGUAGGUAGUACUGGGGAUUCUCUACCCCUGGGUGAGUUGUGUGGGGGUGGGGAAAAAAUGAAAGGUAGUCUGGUGGACCAUUUGCAUAAAAUAAAAUUAAGGUAAAGUAAAGGAUUGACAAGCUGUGAUAUUGAUGUGUGCAGAGGAGGUUGAUGAUAAAGGGUCUAGAAACAAGCCUUAUGAGGAACGGUUGAGGGAGCUGGGUAUGUUUAGCCUGGAGAAGAGAAGUCUGAGAGCUGAUAUGAUAGCUGUCUUCAAAUAUCUAAAGAGCUGUCACACUGGAAGAUGGAGCAAGCUUGUUUUCUCCUGCUCCGAAGGGUAGGACUCGAACCAAUGAAUUCAAAUUACAAGAAAUGACAUUCUGAUUCAACAUUAGGAAAAACUUUCUGAUUAUAUGAGUGGAACGGACUCCCUCAGAAAGUGGUGGACUCUCCUUCAUUGGAGGUUCUUAAACAGAUGUUGGAUGGCCAUCUGUCAGGGAUUAUUUAGAAGUGUUUCCUGCAUUACAAGGGGUUGGAACAGAUGACCCUUGGGAUCCCUUCCAGCCCUACAAUUCUAUGAGUCUAUGUUUCCUCUAUCACUUUCUUAUUAUUGUUGAUCAAGAUGCAGAGCUUGCGCUAUUAACUUCUGAUCUGUAGACCCCAAAGAGAAGCAUUGCCUUACAGCCUGGUCACUUGGAUUCCAGAACUAGUGUUCUGUAUUGGGGGGGGGGUAGAGAACUGACGCUAUGCUGAAGAACUGAAGUUAUGCUUGCUUUCCUAUUUUCCCAGCAUCUUGAAAUCUUUGAAGCCAUGUGGAGUGGAAUCUCCUGGGAGAAGAGUAGUCAUUGUGGUGUCUUCCACAGAGCCUGGGAAUCUUUCAGAGUGUUGGAAGACUUGCAUAUUUGCCUAACUGAAACUAAGGGCUGAAUUAGACAUGAAGUUAGAUUUAUUGUUGCAUAUGCCGGGAUUUCCAAAUGCAAAUAGCAGGUUCUGUGGGUAUGGUGAUAAUUAUCAGGAUCACAAGAGGUAGGGAGAAGAAAUAUCACCCUUUCUUAUGCUGCUGCUGCAUUCCGCAGGAAAAUACCUCCUCUGAACCUGAUAUUUGCUUUGGGUACUCAUUAAUUACCCCCCCCAAAAAAAAACUGGUAUAAUUUACAUUUCUAAAAAACAACAACCUGCAUGCUAAAUGCAAUGGUACAUCUAGCAUCAUGUCUAGCUCUACCCUAAGGCACCCAGAUUUCAAAUUACUGGCAUACAACCUGUACUUUUAGAAAGGGUAACUAACAAAUGUUAUUCAGUUUUUAAAAUGCAUGUCGAUAACUUGCUUUUCGGCUAAUUUCUUACCGCAAGGCUCCCUGUGUCCUUUGCACUUCAAGCAGUAUCUCUGUUUGUUACCGAAGUAAGUGGCAGAAAAUAAAUCACUAAUCAUAAUGUCAAAUACAGUUUGCAUAAAAAUCAAUCCAAUAAAAAAAUGGGAAUGAAAGGAAGAGAGGCUGUUGCUUGAAUAUUUUAAUUAAAAUGCCACACAGUUACAGGAGCAGCAGAAACUGUGCUUGGAAAAGAGAUGAAAUAGUCUCAGUAAACACAGACAUGAUAUCUAAAACUGUUUCUGAGUCUUCAAAUAUUUGGGAGGUGUUACAGAAAAUUAUCCUGGUGGAAAGCAGAUUGGUAGAAGCACAACCUUAAAAAAAGGAUGAGAUUAGGAUAAAUAAAUGCAUUUGUUACUCAAGAGCACCUUUUAUGGCUCUGCAAAAGCCACAAAAGACUUCCAGCCAUAUGCCCCAUAAUGAUGCAAGCUUUUUCUCUUCCUCUUCCCUCUUUCCUCUGCAUCUUAUUUCUUAAAUGGCAAUAACACAUGAACACUCAUCAGAGCAGUGUUCACCCCAAAUCCCAAAAAUCCCAGUUGUGAUCAAAGGAUGAGCACUGGGGGGGGGGUUAAAUCCCUCCCCCUGGACCUGCCAUUAAUCUCAGUGAAAGGGAUGGGAUCUAGUCACCUGUAUCACACAUGCAUCUUUCUGCCAGUGGACUAAUUGCAGCUUUGGUGAGAGGAGAGGCUGGACUGGGCAAACAGGGCAAAGUGGGGCUGAGAAGCCUUGGUUCUCCAGAUGUUGUUAGGCUCCAAUUCCCAUCAGCCCCAACCAGCAUGGCCAAUAAUGCUCAGGGGUGAUGAGAGUCAUGUUGUUGUUUAGUCGUUUAGUCGUGUCCGACUCUUCGUGACCCCAUGGACCAGAGCACGCCAGGCACUCCUUUUUUCCACUGCCUCCCACAGUUUGGUCAAACUCAUGCUGGUAGCUUCGAGAACACUAUCCAACCAUCUCAUCCUCUGUCGUCCCCUUCUCCUUGUGCCCUCAAUCUUUCCCAACAUCAGGGUCUUUUCCAGGGAGUCUUCUCUUCUCAUGAGGUGGCCAAAGUAUUGGAGCCUCAGCUUCACGAUCUGACCUUCCAGUGAGGACUCAGGGCUGAUUUCCUUCAGAAUGGAUAGGUUUGAUCUUCUUGCAGUCCAUUGGACUCUCAAGAGUCUCCUCCAGCACCAUAAUUCAAAAGCAUCAAUUCUUCGGCGAUCAGCCUUCUUUAUGGUCCAGCUCUCACUUCCAUACAUCACUACUGGGAAAACCCUAGCUUUUACUAUACAGUCAUAGUUCGACAAUAUCUGGAGGGCCAAUAGUUUCCCAUCCUUGGUGUAAAGGAAAGGGUAAACUCUUCUCCCCUUACACCCCCCAUUGCUUCUUUACAGUACCCAAAAAAAUGUUAAGGGCUCUAAUCACAAAUCUCUGUUUUGACCCUUAGCUACACACUUAAAAUGAAAAAUGCUGCAAAUAACAUCUACAGCAAGAAGAAACUGCAGUGUGCACACCAGAGAAACUACCGGUAAAUAUUAGUAUUCAGAGGCUGCAGCCAGCUAUGCAAACAGUAGUUGAUGACACUCAGAAAAAAAGGGAAAGGUGAAAAAAACACUUUUUUCCAAGUUACAAAGCAAAAUAAUGACAUUCAGAUUUGAAUAACCUUCAACUGCAGUGUCUGCCCUGCAGGUAUUUGCUGGAGCUAAUAAAUCCCCUAUUUUAGGUAAUGAGACAGCAACUUCAGCUGUGUAAGCAGAGAAACGGACAUGGAUUUUAAUAAUUCAGGCAGAAAAAGCAAAAGAGGUGUGGAAACAAAGUGAAUUUCAUUCUGAAAUUUAAAAUGAUAAAACCUGAUGUGUGUGUGCAUGUGUAUUUACAUCUGAACAGCUGAAAAAGAUGGUAGGCGAAACAUUUUACUGUAAGAAUUUAAUAUCUGUGUUUUCUUAGUCUCUAUAACAUGCAUUCAGAGUGUAGUAUAAUAUGUGGUAUGUAUUGAGCUAAGCAAAGCUGCAAUUGAACCACUUACUUGACUGCCUGAGGAUCUCACUCUGGAAAUCCCUGUACAAAACACAGACAACAUGUUGACUUCUUAUGAUUUUUAAGGAGUUUACCCCAUCCUGUAGCCAGCUAUAAGCUCCCUCUUAGUACCAAGGAAUCGGGUAGGUUACUGAUCGUUGUUUAAUUGUUUCCUCCCAAUCAAUCUGAUCAGUUUAAAGAUGAAAAGUUUGGCCAGACACUUUCUUUUUCCUCUUGAGUGUAUACAUUAAUUCACCUAUUUUUAUCUCAUCCACGGCCAUUAUGGAAGUCGCUACAACAUAGAUUGCAUCGCCAACUAUAAAAUUAGAAACAUCUAACAAAUAAAUGUAAAAUGUUAUGAGACAUAAUGAUGACAACAGUUAAGAAAAGAUAGAGCAAAAUAACAGUAAAACAUAAUGGAGAACAGGGUGUUUUGAGUUAUCCCUCUUCCACUGAAAAAGGCCCCCUGCAAUAACAGUUGUUGUUGUUUAGUCCUUUAGUCAUGUCCGACUCUUCGUGACCCCAUGGACCAGAGCACGCCAGGCACUCCUGUCUUCCACUGCCUCCCGCAGUUUGGUCAAACUCAUGCUGGUAGCUUCGAGAACACUAUCCAACCAUCUCGUCCUCUGUCGUCCCCUUCUCCUUGUGCCCUCCAUCUUUCCCAACAUCAGGGUCUUUUCCAGGGAGUCUUUUCUUCUCUUGAGGUGGCCAAAGUAUUGGAGCCUCAGCUUCACGAUCUGUCCUUCCAGUGAGCACUCAGGGCUGAUUUCCUUAAGAAUGGAGAGGUUUGAUCUUCUUGCAGUCCAUGGGACUCUCAAGAGUCUCCUCCAGCACCAUAAAUCAAAAGCAUCAAUUCUUCGGUGAUCAGCCUUCUUUAUGGUCCAGCUCUCACUUCCAUACAUCACUACUGACCUCAAAGAAAAUUUUCUGGUCCACCAAGAUUCCACCCGUUUUGCAGUGGCAGCAAAAGAGGGCAGGGAAUGAAAGUAGAGAAAUUGCUUGGGGGGCAGGGGACAGAGAGCCUGACAGGGGUGAAAAUCAUCCAUUCUCCUGUCAUCAGAUCAAUGAUCUAAUGCAUGGGUAGGCAAACUAAGGCCCGGGGGCUGGAUCCAGCCCAAUCACCUUCUAACUCUGGCCUGUGAACGGUCCGGGAAUCAGUGUGUUUUUACAUGAGUAGAAUGUGUCCUUUUAUUUAAAAUGCAUCUCUGGGUUAUUUGUGGGGCAUAGGAAUUCAUUCAUAUUUUUUUUCCAAAAUAUAGUCUGCCCCCCCACAAGGUCUGAGGCACAGUGGACCGGCCCCCUGCUGAAAAAAGUUUGCUGACCCCUGAUCUAAUGUGUGGAGAAGGGAUGAUAACCUCACUCCUCAGCUGAGCUGCAAGGGGAGGAUCUGUGCCUGUUUAUUUGUGUGUAUGUGUGUGUGCUUGCACAUGUGUGAGUAGCCACACCCACUUUUACUCACACCCAGCUCUGUCUGUUGUGUGCCCCCCCCCAAAGGGCUAGCCAAGCUUUAGUGUGUCCCUCAGGCCGAAAAAGGUUAGCCAUCUUUGAUACCAGGGGAACACUGGCUGGAAUCUUACCCAAUAAUGGUCUAAGGGAACAAGUAGUUUCUUAAGGUAGUCCUUUAGAUGUCCUGGUUCCAGGCCAUUCAGAGUUUUAAAGGUCAGUAUUAGCACUGUGAACAAGGCCUGGAAACAGACAGCAACCAGUGAAGCUGGCAUAAUAUUGCCAUACUGUCCUCCAUUUGCCAAAUCCCAUUUACUGCUCUGGUGCUUCAUUUCAGAUCACUUUUCAACAGCUGCCCCCAUAGCUAGAGAUGCAGCUCCAUCUUGACUCGCCCUAUCAAUUGUCCCCUUAAAUGAAAACUGAUCACAAACUUGCAUUCCAGUCCUUUUCAUUUGUCCCACAGGCUAUUUGAUAUAUUUUGCAUGCAGUAAGGAUCUAUCAAUUCGACAAUCAUGCAGCAUUUCAGCUGUAAUAACAGAUCUCAGGGAGGGGGGGGGGGAAAUAACCCUAUAAUUUGCUUUCAUUGCAUAGGGAAAAAAUCUAGGGCAAUCUUAAAGCAAUGAAUAACUUUUCAGAUAUCAGUGCACAUGGAUUGGAAGAGGUAGUCAUUUUCUCAUAACUGCCAUGCCACAAAAAUCAGAUAGAAUCAUUUCAGGAACAUGGUGUUGUCACUUGCUUGAAGGUUAUUUUUGACAGCAGAGUGUUUAUAGGAAAAGGGGGAUGCAAGAAAACACUCUCUGCAAGAAAAAAUCCAACCAUUAAAGGUCUCCCUUUGUUGUUGUUGUUAUAUUAUUUUUAAUAAUAAUAACAUUUUGCAUCCAGAUUGCACUUGUUGGGAGUUAAAGCCCUUUAUGUUCGUUUUCUCACUAGUCUUUACAACAGUCCAUUAAGCAAGUCAGUAUUGUCAUCCCUGUGUUGCAGAAUGGGAACAGAUGGACCUAAUCCUGAGAUACUUUGACUUGCUUAAAGCUAUUCUAGAGAGAUCAAGUCUGAGGUGAGAUUUGUAUUGAAUAUUAGUGUGAAUUUCUCUUAACUUUUGUGUACAGUUUUGGCUAAUUUGCAUAUUUUUUUCAAGCAAUAUAGCAUACAUUUUGUAUGACAUUUUCGUGUGUGUGUGCACACGCAUACGCAAUUUGCUCAAUAUACACUUGAUAUACAUUAUUUGGUUGGACAACUCUGAAAAAUUUGGAAAGGCCUGAGUUAAUAAUGAUAGCUGUGUUUUGGUUUGUGCAUUGAUUCAAGAAAUGUAAAUUAGGUAGUUUCUCAUUAAGAUGCAAACUAAUUUGAAAAUCUUCCCUAUCCCUAUCCUCAAUUCACACUUAGCCACUACUUAAAAACACACCAGUUAGCCACUGUUUGAAAGUACUACACUACAUGGUUGUUGUUUAUUUAAUGUAUUUUUAUUAAAGAUUUUCUUGGUUUAAAAAAGUAUGUGCAAUGUCUCUCUCUUUUUCCCCAAGUAACAUUUUUUACAGAUUAGUUUCAUUUGUUGAGACAUUAGGAAGAAAAGGGGGAAAGAGGUGGAGGGGAGAAAGGUGAGUGGGGGUAGGGUCGGGUAGCAAUGUUUCUGUUUUACUUAAUAUAUGUGGGGGUUUGUGUCAGCGUCGCUUGUGCAGGUUCUCUGCUAUUCACUUGUGUUCUACACUACAUUGUUUAGUCACUGACUGAUCAGUAUAGUUAAGUUGGCAAGGAGCAAAGAGAUUUCUGAUACGAAAUCAGUACUUCAUGGCAACCAUGGGACCAACUCAACCAUGUCAUCAACCCAAGACAUCAAGCAAGGCAUACCCUCAACGUUGUUGUUGUUGUUGCUUAGUCGUUUAGUCGUGUCUGACUCUUCGUGACCCCAUGGACCAGAGCACGCCAGGCACUUCUGUCCUCCACUGCCUCCCACAGUUUGAUCAAACUCAUGCUGGUAGCUUCAAGAACACCAUCCAACCAUCUCAUCCUCUGUCGUCCCCUUCUCCUUGUGCCCUCCAUCUUUCCCAACAUCAGGGUCUUUUCCAGGGAGUCUUCUCUUCUCAUGAGGUGGCCAAAGUACUGGAGCCUCAGCUUCACGAUCUGUCCUUCCAGUGAGCACUCAGGGCUGAUUUCCUUAAGAAUGGAUAGGUUUGAUCUUCUUGCAGUCCAUGGGACUCUCAAGAGUCUCCUCCAGCACCAUAUUUCAAAAGCAUCAAUUCUUUGGCGAUCAGCCUUCUUUACGGUCCAGCUCUCACUUCCAUACAUCACUACUGGGAAAACCAUGGCUUUUACUAUACGGACCUUUGUUGGCAAGGUGAUGUCUCUACUUUUUAAGAUGCUGUCUAGGUUUGUCAACGUAAGUUCCCUCAAAUACCCUCAACGUAAGUUCCCUCAAAUACCCUCAACGGUAUCUGAAAAAGUGUGCAUGCACACAAAAGCUUAUACCCAGAACAAACUUAGUUGGUCUCUAAGGUGCUACUGGACAAUUUUUUAUUUUUUAAAUUUAUUUCAACUGCGUCAGAUCAACACAGCUACCUACCUGAACCUCAAUGUAAUUCUUUUCCCCAAGUGUUGUGAGGGGUGUUCUGAAGGUAAAGACAGUCCAUUAUGAUUAUCAUCUGGUGAAGUUGGGAUUGGUGGUGACAAUUCCCUUGCAGGGGUGGUGGACCUGUCUGAGACAGAUGGAAGGUGGUGGUUUCUGAAUGCUCUGCGGUAUGUUCAAGCAGAGAAAACCAAUGAUUCCAUUGAAGCUCUGGUCUCACAGUUAGUCUAAUUCAGCAGGGCUCUUCAUACAUAUGUACUUAGCUAUAACAACUUGUGCCAUUGCCUAAGUUUGAGCUCAGGUUAUCUUACACAAGUGCCUUGUCUCCUAUGCAAGCAGUUUUGUCUCUUAAGAAACAGAGGAGAAAUGGGUUUGUUCAGACAUGAUUCACCUGCAAGGCUUAUCAGCUGUCCUUCAGAUGACUUCUACUACCUAUAAAACACCCAGAAUCAAAUUCCAAGUAUAAUCAUGGAAAAUCUGAGGAGGGGCGAAUAAAUUCUAUGACAUUACUGUUCUUCAAGCAUUUUCCAUUUUAAACAAUUUGUAUUGUUCAUUUUUUAAGAAAACAAAAACAUGUUUUUCUUGAGGUGAUAUUAAAGAUGACCAGACUCAUUGCUCUGGAGAAAUGGUAACUGUAAAGUUCAUGAAAGCCAGAUGUGUCAAGGAGACUCAUGGAAAUGAUCACUAUCAGCAGCCUAGCUGCAAAUACAGAGAGACACACUGUUCCUGCCAGCUUUUUUGCUCAAGCAAAUUAUGAGAUAAGCAGACUUUGUUUUGCAUUACCCAUUACUUGCCGGUUAGUAUCUGGCUUUGCAUCUCAGUCAGAGAAUUGCAUGUGUCUUUGUCACAUUGCUAUAAAUAUCUGGAUGCUCCUUUAGUCUGCCUCAGUAGCCUAGUCAGCCAAGAAAUGGCCUGCUUCUCCAGUGCUGAGGAAGGGACACAAAAGCUACUUCCUUCUCUAGAAAGUCACCCCACAACCUGAGCACACACCCACACACACCUACACACACAUAGUGAGACUGCAUAAGAAAACCAGUAUCGUGCAGCUGUUAAAGAUUCCAUUUUGCAGGGAGACACUGUGGGUCAGUUGCAGCGCAGUGACUUUGCAUGUAGAAGCUCACAGAUUCAAUGCCCAGCAUUUCUAGAUAUGGCUGGCAAUAUCCUAUCUGCAAUGCUGGACAAUCGCUGCCAACCAAUGUAGAAAAUUCUGAACUACCGGUAGAGGACUCAUGGUCUCACUUGGUAUAAUGCUGUUUUCUGCAUACCCUCCAAUGAAAAUAGUAACAUUCUAUUCUUGUUGUGGACCGCCCUGAAAUCUAUGGGUAUAGGGUAGUAUACAAAUGUUGUUGUUGUUGUUGUUAUUGUUGUUGUACAUCAGUGUCGUCCCCCCACCCAUCCCCCUAUAUUCCAAUGGAAUAUGGGGAAAGGGUGGGGCUGGCUGAGCUGCCCCAAUGGCUGUUAGCGAGAGGAGUAUGUAACAAUACCAUACCGGCAAAUGUCUUGGUUGUAUGCAGGAGCCUUAGGUGAUACAUGGUAAAAUCACAAGGCUUCCAUCACUCUGUCUUGGGUGCCAGAGGAGGCACCUGUACUGGAUGUUUACAAGACAGCACUUCUGUGCCAGAAGCAUAGUAUCUAUGGUGGGCAGCUAUGACCACCAAAGGGCUCCUGUGGGCCCGCACAAGAGGGGCCCCUUUAGGCCACUCCUGCUGCCACCAUCACUGUAGUUGGAUGCGUUGAGCAGUAGCCUACUGACUGGCAGAGUUCCGCCCCUUCCCCUCUCCAUGGGUCCUGCUCCACUACCAUGAGGGGCUGGGCCACCUCCACCUCCUCACCCUGCUCCCCCCUUUCCCUUCCCCCUUUCCCCCUAUUCAGGACUCUGUGUGACACAGUGAGAAGCUGUGAUGGCUUAAGGGUUUUCAUGACAGUCCUGGCAUUUUCUGGACAGUUGGAGACAAUGCUUUCUGUAUUCUGUGUUUUCCAUGUUCCUGCGGUAGCGUAAGGCAGAGGUGGGCAGAAAUUGGAUCUGGGUCUACUAGUAGAUGUUUGAGUGAUUUACAGUAGAUUGGUAACAGUUUCUUAUUUCCAGUUGUCUUUAGCAACCACUAAAAAAAUCUUUCUCAUUCCACCCCAAAAGCAACUAGACUGCUGAAAAAUACGCUAGCAGUGGAUUUUUAUGUGAAAGGAUUGGUGGAUUUCUGAUACUGAGAACAAAUUCCUAGUCUAUGUGUGUGCUCAGAGGAACCCUGUUUCUUGAAUGCCCACCUGUCUGAACCUGACUUCAGUUGGUGAACCUCAGGGUUCUAAUAAAACACACAAACACUAUGUAGACUGUGCAAGCCUGAAGUUUGCCACUCGUGCUGUAAGGCUGUUGUUUGAGGAAGAGCCUGGAUGAGCAUCUCAGUGCAUCUAGUCAAGAAGAGGCACCAUGUGGCCUUCAAAUACAUGCUCUCAAAAAUUUAGAACCUUCCUGAAAAGUAAAACCACUGAAUGUACUGGUGCUGCUCCAAAGUAACUCUUGACUCCUCAUGGAUAGUGUUUGAAGAAACACGAAAGCAAGCUGAAGGAGAUGAGGAGUGUCCAAAGAGCUCCAACCACGUGUAUAGAUAUUUUCUUCCCUUCCAACCUAUUCGGAAUAUGCCAAGUGGCCUGGGGAGAAAUAAGUACAACCAGAGUAUCUAGUUAGCAUUUGUGGCUUAAUCUAAACUGGGACAGCAGGCCCAUAAGGCAGAGCUUUCCAAACUUUUCAUGUUGGUGACACACUUAUUAGACAUGCGUCAUUUCACAACACAGUAAUUCAGUUUUACUAACAAUCCGGAGGUUAAACUAACCCCUUUCUAGCCCCAUGAGGAGCAUGGGGAGUGUUCACAUGACACACCUACACACUGCAGACGACACACAGCACACAGUUUGGAAAGCUCUGCCAUAAGGAACAUGGACAUUUACAUUAAGGAAAAGUUUGCUCAGUGUUUCAAGGUCAUGUGUGGAAGUGGCACUUCUCUUAAGAGAUGUUGCUAGUCUAAUCAAACAUUUUUCUUGCUUCGCUCAUAGUUCUGCCCAAGCAGAAGCUUGGAUAGCAGAAUAUGAUGGGUUUCAUACUGGCAUAUCCGAGAUCUGAAACAGGCCACAGGACCAUUCGGCUGCAGCUGUAGACAGGACUGACUGGGGGGGGGGAUCUGUAAUUUUUCAUUAUUCACCUCACAUUCUCACAGUUUGUUCCUCUGAUUAUUUUUUAUUAUUUUUACUUUGGAACCCUUAGGUUUCCACUGCACUAAUAAUGACUCUAAAUGUUCACUGAUUCUUUAAGACAAUUUCAUGCUAACUCAUUUCCAAUUGCAAUGUUGCCCUGGGGAGGGAAAUGUUCAGCUUUAUGCUACAAUAAAACCUGUUGCAUACAAAUUAAAAGGUGCUCUUUCCAGCAUAUCAAAGUCAGUUUGUCUACUGAUUCAAAUACAAGCAUAUACGGUAAUUAGCAGAAAGCGUAGUGCUCUUGGAUAUUAGACAAGCCAAACAUGGUAUAAAUAUACAUUAUUUUCCCUUUGAAAAUGACCCUUGGUCAUAAGCAUUAAGAAGUUGGGACACUUCUGGUAUAUAUUUUUGUGGAAGUCUCCACUUCCAGGCUGGAUAGCAGAAUAUGAUGGGUUUCAUACUGACAGAUACAAGAUCUGAAACAGAACUCAGAAUCACUCUAGAUCUAAUCAUGCCUGUGGACUGAUAAAAUUGUCAUCAGACAACAUUGUGAAUUGCAGGUCUCUGCACAUGUACAGCAAGAUGUUCUCAGCCCUUCCCUUUUUGUAUUUUACAUAACAAUUAUGAUUUCUUUGGUAGGGGGUACACUGCUCUUUGUGUGCAAAUGCAUCAGUGGAGUGGCUGCUAGUUUGUUGUGGUUUGUAAAGAAACUUGAAUCCACAGCUCUGGCAGGUGCAGCCUCUGUGUAAUGUGUACACAUGAAAAGUAGCACAGAGCAAAUGAGAGACAAACCAAAUCAACCUAUCUGGUCUGGACAGGAGCUUAAUGGGAAUCUGAAAAUGCCCCCAAUGUGACAAGCAAGAUAAGACCCAAUACUAAGGAUGGAUGCCUUACAAUAUUCAAAGAGAAAAGGCUAUCCCUCACAGGAGUUUGUUCCGGAUAUUUCCUUUCCCCCCCCCCCAGGUUUCUCCUCCCUCCCCAACACACACAAUGGCAGCCCUGACAGAUGAGUUAUUUUCUAAUAUUUUGUAUCCAUCUUUUAUUUCUUCUUUCUCAUGUUGGUGUGGGUGAGGUGCACCCUGUUUGGAACCAAUUUUCUUAUUCCUUUUAGUUUCUUUCUUUGACACCUGAUUUAUAUUACUUGCUUCCUCAAGAGAACAGCAAUAUCAAAGUUCUUUUUUUAAAAAAAUAAGCAAAUUGAUAUAACGAAUAGAAUAGCAAACAUAAAUUCAGAGUGCUUCUCUGGACUAUUUCAUAGUACUGGGGGAAACAAAAUGGUGGCUACUCCAAAUCUUCACCACUAAAAAGAAUCUCAACCCUCCACCACCCACCAUAUAUAUGUAGAUAGAUUGAUAGAUGAUAGAUUGGUGUGUGUGUGAGGGCGGGGAGGGAGGAGAGAGAGAGAGAGAGAGAGAGAGAGAGAGAGAGAGAACAGCCCCAAACUCUCCAAUCUUACUCAUAUUGACUUGGAAACAACUCUCACUGAUUUCAGUGGGGGGGGUUCUCAUGCAGCUAUAACAAAGGAUAGUGCAAUAUAAGUUGACUGUGUCAGGCAAACAACCCUGAGUGGGGCAGGCAUCUUCUCCCAUAUACUCAGUAAUCCAACUGGCAUAUUACGAAGGAGAGGACAACUGAGUGGCUUGAUACUUGUGUUUACACCCAUAGAGAACAAGGAUUUUACCAACCUCUUAACACAUUACUACAUCUUAUUAACAUCCCUGCCAUUCUCCAAAGGCAUUCAUAUGUCAUCAAUAUGUUUCCAUGGUCUCCCAGCUAAUAUGAAUAGCAAUUCCACAUGGAGCACAGGAGUGGCCCCAUCAACGGACAGGGUGAGGAGCCUGCAUCAUGGGGUACAAAGGGAAGCAAAUUGUCUGUGGUUUAGCUUGUUACCGCAAAGUUACCACCAGUGAAAUGGUUAUCGUCUGGGGGGUUUUCUCCGUCAUCCUUCUUAGCAAGGGGCUACCAUACAGUAUGCUGACAAAAUGCUUUUUAGAAAGUCUGCAUCUGUUGCCUCUCUUUCUCAUCUUUGUGCUUGUGGACAGUUAUUCCAGCUUCAAAUCCUCACUCCAAAUGCUAGGACAGAGAGGUCAGGCUCUGCAGUGCAACAUGUUCUGUGAUGGAAUUCACUGAUACAAGGAAAGCUUUCCAGAACAUUAUAAAUUGCCGUAGAUCCAUUCUGUGCAGUGCUUCACUUUCUCCUUUCGUUUGUAAUAAAAUUGACAGCCAAGGAGAAUUUGCAGCAUAGGAAGAGAAAAGCAAGCAAAGCAGCCAGCAGGAACUGCAGUCCAGGAAACAUCUGUUGACUGAUUCUGGUAAAUAGCGACUUUGUGUAUCUCGGAGAUAAAGAAACUCGGUCCUUGACAACUGUGGUGUAGCUGAAAGGCAGAAAACUCAACCAGUUGUGGUGAUAGCAUUAUACUAUAAGGAAAUAUGGGCUCCAACAGUCACAUGCUGUUCCUUGUCAUUAUGACAACAUUUUUCUAUAGCAUCGAGAACCAAAUGCAGAACUGCAGCUGAAGACUUACCAAUGUGUUGAACUGUGUGAUUACCUUAGCCUUGGAAGUGUUGCUCUUUUUCAUAAGAUCUAAAAUAAUAUUUGGCUUUUGUACCACAGGAUUUGAGGCUUCAGUCUCAUUAAGCUGGUGCCCUCUUUAACUCAUGAUUCUCAAAAGUGCUUCACUAUACAGAAUUUGGACCAUGCAUUUAUUCAGCCUCAUCUGCCUGGAGAUUGGAAGGCAGUUGACACACACCAAAUUGUGUGUAGUUUUUGACAGCAGGCCACAUUUCUGGUAUGUAAUAUAAGGGAAAUAAUAACACACACUUGUGACCCACACAUGGUUUCAUUUUGUUCAUUUUGUUUAAAAUAUGUGUUUCCAUUAGCUCAAGGAGCCUAGCAAAUCAGACACACAAAGAAUAUGCACAUGACAUUGUUGUUUUUUUAAAAAAAACCAAGACCAGAAUAGUCAUUAAAAAAGAAGUAAAGUUGUUGAAAUCUAUCUCAAAACAGCCAUGGAUGCAACUUGCAUCUCCACUGCCACUCAGUGAGCUGUUAGAGUACAAUGGGUAACCACAAUGUGAUAUUUUUUAUUUUAUUCUUACUAGCUGUUCCUCUGCCAAAGUUCUUUGAGUUUCAGAAGUAUAAAAGUACAAACAACAGAUAACCCACACCUACAAAACACAUUGGGUUGUAUUCAGUUGACCUGAAUACAUUGGGUUGUAUUCAGCUUAAGGUGGAAAGGCCAUAGCUCAGUGAUAGAACAUCUGCCUUGCAAGCAGGAGAUUUCAGGUUGAACCCCUGCCAUCUCUAUGGGUUGGGAGAGACUCCUGCUUGAAACCCUGAGCUGCCCCUGCCAGUCAGUGUAGACCGUACUGUGCUAGAUGAACCAAUGGUCUAACUUGGUAUAAGGCAGCUUCUUAUGCUUCCUAACUUUUAUUCAGUGCAGACCCACCUAAUUAUGGGCCUUAGCUAGUAAUGGUCAUUCAUUUCAGUGGGUCUGCUCUGAGUAAAAGUUAGUUUUAUACAACCCACUGCAUGGUUUUCAAUAGUGUCAACAGAGUUCACAUCAAGGAGAGAUGAGAAUUGGCCAAACCCUUCGCUAAUCCACUGACAGAUUCCUUCCAUCAAUGAAAGCUUCAGAUGUCAGGAGGACAGGUCUCUAAGGCCAAUCUCAGUACAAGGCAGGAUCACACCGGAGAAGGCAGUGAUGGGGAAGUUGUUGAAUUAAGAGUGGGGAUUAUUUUUAUUCACUGCAACCUUGAAGAAUGUGUACCUGCUCCCCAAAUAAUAAUAAUAUUUUUAUUAUUUUACCCUGCCCUUCUGACUGGGUUGCCCCAGCCACUCUGGGCAGCUUCCAUCAUAUACAGAAACAUAAUAAAACAUCAGACAUUACAAACUUCCCUAUACAGGGUUGCCUUCAGAUGUCUUCUAAAAAUUGUAGAGCUACUUAUCUCCUUGACAAAUCAAGCACUGUCAGUUGGUUGCAUUUUCAGACAGUUGCAAUAUGGGUUCCUGCUUAUUUCUGAAGGCUACCAUUUUUGCCAAAACUAUACUUUGGAUGCCAGCUACCACCAAUUGCUCUGUGGGGAGGACAGGAGAUCAAGAAGGGCAGGUGGGGAAGUCACCACAGCCGGCUCCAGUUGGGCUGUUGUUUGCCCUUCACUCCACAUGGCCAAAAACCAGAAACUGUCCUGCGGUAAGGUUGGCAGGUGAAGAAGACAUCUGGAGCCUGCUGUUGCUCCGGCUGGAGUUUCUCCUCCACACACAGAGCCAUCUUCUAACAGUUGGUCUCUUGUAAGGGCCCGGCCCCCUGACUUCUAAUGUACUGCUAUUGCUUACUGUGUUCUUUUUUAAGUGCCUUAAGUCACAUGUAACUCACCUUAGAAGGAUUUGCAUCCUGAAAGGUGGAGUAUAAAUUAUUGUAUUUUUUAAUGUUGUGUGUUUAUUAUUGCCUGUUGUGCACUUGGCAGGCAAAUAGGUCAUGGUGGAGCCUGGGGGUUGGUUUAAAGUCCAUUGAUGUCACAAAAUGAAGUGUCAAGAUUUGACGAUGACCACUAGCUUAGAUGGUUCCAAAACAGGAUUAGACAAAUUCAUGGGGGAUAACGCUAUCAAUAACUACUAAUCAUGAGAACUAUAUAGAGCAGCUGCACACUAACAAAUACAAUCUUCCGGCGCUUUAUUUUUCUGCAGAAAAUUUCCACCUCAUAAGUUAAUUAGUAGCGAUGAAUGGAUGCCAACUGCAAUUAAAUAUUAUGCAAGCUUGGCAGUUCAAAGUUUGUAGCUUUGUUUACUAUAUACAAAUAAAACAGGAAAGCUAAAUUAGAUCACUCUCCAGAGCAUUAGAAAAUGUUCCAAUGCAAAUGACUCUAAUUUCCAUUUGGUAAGUUUUCCAGAAAACCCACAUCAUGGCUGGGAAGCGUACUCACAUCCCACUUCUUUUUAGAUGGACAUAACUAAGGGCUCAUCCCUACUUCUGCAUGUCCCAUGACUAGAACGGUUUUCCACUUAUCCUGUGACUUUCUAGGCACAGGUCCAAUGAGUUUUUCAUCUGUCCUGCCACUUUCCCCAAGAAAACCCACUUUUUACCACUGAAGACUUUACCCUCCUCUAUUCAGGGCUCCCAAAACAGUAAAGAUUGUUCUUUCUGUGCUGGUGAUCACAGGUCUUCUGCAUUUUAAUGGACAGAUUUAUGUCUGAGGAUGACAUAGGUGUCUCUCUUGCCCUUAAACCCACAAACCUGGCCUGGCAAGUAGUUUUUUUGAAAGCAGCUUUUAGGCAGGCUGGGAAGUGAGGUUUUAAGGACGAAACAAAUGUGCAGGGAUGACCCGCUCUGUGUGUCUAUAUUUCCAUGAGUGUAUGCUCACCUGAGUGAUUGAUGUCUAUGUGAAUGAGUUUGUGUGUGUGUGUGUGUGUGUGUGUGUGUGUGUGUGUAGUGCCAGAUUUACGUAUAAGCUACACAAGCUAUAGCUUAGGGCCCCACUCUCUUGGGGGCCCCCAAAAAAUUAAAGGGAAAAAACAACAACAGUGUGGACUACUAUGGUGAUAUUGAUAUUAUAUUUUAAAAAUGCAUUGUAUUAACUACAAUUGCAUUGUACAGGUUAUAACACUUAAUUUCAUAUUAAUAAAGCUAUUUAUAAUUAUUAGUAGUUUGCAUCAUAUAUUUACACCUAUUAUUAUUUCAUGUUAUAGCAAGUUUAUAGAGACUAGAUUAUGAGUCUCUGUAAAUUGUGUUUCUAAAGGAACUUUUGUUAUUGCCAAAUGCCAAUGUGCUUGCAUUAUUAAGUUUGUUAUGAAUAAAAAAUCAUUUUAAGUUAGAGCUUAAUAAUUAUUUCACUAUUAAUAUACUUCUUCUUAAUUGUAUUUCAGUUCAACAAUUACUUUGAUAAAAUACAUUUUUUGUUAUGUGCAAAUGGCGUUAGAUACCUAUUAGGUCCAUAAAUUACCAUGUAGCAUAUAUUCAACACACACAAAAAGCGACAAUUUGUUGUUGACAAAGGACAACUGGACAUAUAAAGGGCCCCAUUGUGUGGACAGGCAGAGUCCCCCAGAUCCCGAGCGGCCCCCCGUCAUGUGGAAUAAUGACUCAAGACAACGUGCUAUGGGACUAAACUGACCACAACUUUAUUAAAUUUCGAAUGUGGGUAGACCUUGGCUCAGGCAUUGGGCGUUCUCCCUCCCCAGUCCCCAGCCGAGGACUUAGGGAGCAUCAGGGUUAUCCAGUGGGGGGGGGGAUGGGCUGGCUCUGGAGAACAUAUGUUCAAGCAGAGAUAGCCACCCCCAUUACGCCGCUGCCGCAGGGGAGAGUAAUGAUGACCUUUCGGCAUACAGUCAAAGCCUCCCUUCAGAAACCCCUUUAAUGGGGAACCCUGGUACUGCCGCUGCAAAGAGGAAGAUGGACUAAAGGAUUCCGCCCAAGGCCUGAUACCGCCAAAGUUGUGACGUUUUGCUACGGGAAAGGCGAAACCUGCCAAUGCAGGGAAAUUCCUUUCCGACCCUUUAACAGCGACCUUGACGUGUGAAGAAAAGUUAACCUGCAAACCUGUGAAGAAAGGUUAACCUGCAAAACAAGACAUUAACUGAGGGUGGGAGAAGCUCUGGAGCCAAGUGAGGAUUCCCAGGUAAGAUCCUCCCUCUACUGUGUGGGCAGGUAGUCCCUCCCCUACCUGGCCUGGUCUCCUUGGCAACGCUUCCCCCAGGUGGGAUUGGACAGCUGACUGAGGGAGGCGGAGACCUCCAGGUAUCCCACCUGAGGGAAGGCGAAGCCAAGCCUAUGCUGAUGGAGCAGCUCCAGAUCCAGGGGCUGUGUGCAUCCACGCAAAGGGUGCCCCCCGUUUUAUGCGGGGAGCGGUCAUUACCUUCCGUAGCUAAGGGCCUCAUCAAACCUAAAUCUGACCCUGUGUGUGUGACUGCCUCCAGUAACACCUAUUGGCAUGCGGCCUCCAACCAACAAUGCACACCUCUCAUGUGGCCUACAGGGACAAAAAGGUUGCCCAUUCACCAUCACCAUAUGACUUCCUUGUUCUGUAGAUUGCUACAGCAGACAGUGGCUAAAGAAAACCAUGAUGCAUAUGUAUCUAUAGCUUGUGUUUCUAGAAUGGCUAUCAUGGAAGUUGGGCUGUCACACAGAAUAAAUCCUUACAGCUUUGUAGAGUUAUUAAGAUUUUAUAGCAUGCUCUCUCCACAAUCAUACCUCCAGGUGUUGUGUAACUAGACAAAUUUGUUUAUUGUGAUUUCUCAUUCCAGAUUCCUUUUCAUUAGCCCCUUUGCUAUUGAAGAAGCCUUCCUGAAUAAUAUUUAUUUAGUUUGCACAUCCUGGCUUGACCAUGCUUGAUAUUAAUGGUGUGCAAUAACCACAAAAAUUACAUUGAAUCUGUAUUUGCUGUGUUUGGAAGAAACCCAGCCUGUUUCGGAACUGCUCUGUGUUGUUCUGAUUCAAUUUAUUCUUUGGGUCUAAAUCUAUUAAAUUUGAAGCAUUGUUUUGUCCCCAUUGACUACACUGAGGAAUCUAAAAAUGGUUAUAACUUUCCCCCCUUUCAAGAUAAAUGGAUGAAAUUUGUAAGCAAAUCCCUUCAGAGUGGACUAAGCCCUCCAAAUUUCAGACAGGUACAUUCAGGAUCAUUCCUGCAGAAAUCUUUUAAUGUUUAUUUUAAAAGAAAGAAUGUCUCACUUUUAAUUUUCUGCCAGAAUUUGAUGCCAGUCACAAGCCCUUCAAAGGGAAUGAAGCCUGUCAAAUUUCAUAAGAUUCUCCCACAAAGGCAACCAUAUGGAAAACAGAAUUCACAUUCAGGCCUCUAAAUAUCUUGGGGAAAUCAAUUUGAAAACUGGAUAUGAGGGAUUGCCCUUGGGUAAGAAAUUUGCCCAUGUUCAGACAAGUAAUUCUCAUGGCUAUUAGGAGCUAAGUGAUUUUACCUUCAUUUUUAAAAAAAUAAUAAUCUGGAAAAGUCCUUUUUUGUUUCCUUUGCCUAACUUCCUGGAAGCAGUUUUCAUGAAGAAAAAAGAGAGAGUGCUAUGGUUUUUAACUGUUUGUUGGGAAAAAUAAAAUUGGGAACAGCGGCGUAGCAUGGGUUGUCAGCACCCGGUGCAAGGCAAGUAAUUUGCGCCCCCUAACCCGGGGCAAGGCAAGUAAUUUGCGCCCCCUAACCCCUAAUCUGCCGCCGCUGCCAGCUUCUUCUUGCUGCUGCCUGGGCUGGUCUGGUGUGGUUCUCUCCCGUGCUCAGCGCUGCGCUGGGUGGCCGCUGCACUGUCCCUCCCCCAGAUAGUCCCUCGCUCUCUCUCCGCACCGCACGCCUGGCACCCACCCCCUCCACAGUGGGCGGCGACCCAGCGGCUCGGAUCGGAUUCGCACAGCCAGCACUGCAGUGAGAGAGAGUGAGUGAGCCAGGUAGGGGCAGAGAGCUGCGAGUGCAAGCGCGCGCGCCCCCAGAUGUUGCGCCCGGUGCAGCCGGCACCCCCUGCACCCCCCACGCUAUGCCACUGAUUGAGAAAGAGGUUGGCUCUCCCCGAAGUCUAAUCCUGCCACAUAUGCCCUGCUCUCAGAGCCAAAUCUUGGAGAAUGAUGACUACCCAAGUAAAUAGCAACACUGCUUACUUCAACUUCAACAUUUCUCCUCCAAAUCACUGUGACUGGGAUGCACUGGGGAAAUAAAUCUGAUUAAAAAUUAGACCUGUCAGAUGAUCCCUCAAUUCUCCACCUCCUCCCCUCUUGAGCAUUUUCCGGGUCAGCUUAAUUUUGUUUUUCAGGAAAGGGAAAGGAAGUCCUGCAUUUAACUUUCUGGAACAAAUGAGGCAACAGAGCAUUGUUAACAGUGCAUUCUGAUUUGGGAAUAUGAGAGUCCGGCCGGAAUCAUCCUAGUUCACCUCAGUUGGGGUACAGGCGGAGCUGUUGCAUACCCCUACUUGAUAUACAGAUCAGGAUUAGUACAGUGGUACCUCGGGUUACAUACGCUUCAGGUUACAUACACUUCAGGUUACAGACUCUGCUAACCCAGAAAUAGUGCUUCAGGUUAAGAACUUUGCUUCAGGAUGAGAACAGAAAUCGUGCUCUAGCGGCGCGGCGGCAGCAGGAGGCCCCAUUAGCUAAAGUGGUGCUUCAGGUUAAGAACAGUUUCAGGUUAAGUACGGACCUCCGGAAUGAAUUAAGUACCGGUACUUAACUCGAGGUACCACUGUAUUUCCAUAACAAAGAUGACACAACAAUGUGAUGUAGUACAAGGUUUUGGUCACAGGGUGGAGGUACACAUUCACAGAAAUGGUUCUCAAAAUCUUUAGAAGAUCUGCAAGCUGUAACUGUCCAAACAAGUGACUAGAUUUAGUAUCACAGUUAAGUUGGCUUGCACAAAUAUUUCGACUGGCGUUUCCUUUUCAGGGAAUUAAUUAUUGUUUAAAAGAUUUGGACUGGCAGCAGGGGGAGGGGGGAUCUCAAUUAAAUCUUGGGAAUAGUUUAUAAUCCUUUGUCUUAUAAUGCACAAUUGCUGGGAAAGCACAUAUACAAAAAUAGGUUUGAAAGCUGGAGAUAUUUAGGCUUUGCAAGUUAUUCUAACAAGUGGUCAGAUAUAUUUUAUUGUCUUUUUGGUUGCUAAUGUUCUUUUCUGACAUUUGUAAUUUGAUUUUCAGUAUCAGGAAGGCUUUCUUGAAAUCGUUAAAUCCAGUGCUUUUUUUCUGGGGGCAUACAGGGGGAUGCAUACCCCUAAACAUUUUGUGAAUCUUUGUACUUUUGUCCAUUUACCGUAUUUAUUUUUCCCAAUUUGAACUAUAAAAUUUUGAGAGAGUACCCCCUAAACAUUUUUUAAGAAAAAAAGCACUGGUUAAACCACAUCUGGGUUUGUUUUUAUAAAAUUUCAAGGGUGCUUGGAAAUUAAAGCAAGUGUUGAACUACCAGUUUUGAUAAACAGAUUAUCUACUUCACAUGUAUUUAAAUAUUUCUUUAAAUGAGAUAUGUUUUUGAAUGUAUUUAUUUUCUGCCGUAUUCAAAAGUUUUCUUUCUUUCUUUCAGACAAAGUGUCUGAAACUUUCCACGUUUCAUCCCACUUGAAAACCUCUUAAAUAAUUAUUUGCACUUAUUACUGAUGUGACUUAAUAAAUGUGUACUUUACAAUAAGCCAAAAGAUUAUUGCAACUAAGGAAGCUUUGAGGGAUUACAGCUGUUGGAAGGUUCUACUAGCCAAACUCUGUUUUACUUAACGGGGGGGGGGGGGAUAUUUCUCAAUUCUAUUUAAAGCAAAUAAGCAUCAUCAAGUACAAAAUAAUAGGUUAAGGAGCAAGAACCUGUGUACAAAGCACAUUGAUUAAUGCUUUAAUCUACAAAAAAGUUUGCCCUGCUCUUUCCCUCUCCAACUUCAUCUCUCUUCUAGGAGUAAAGAAUAAUACAUUGUUGAGAACACUGCUUCAGAUAUUGGCUAAACAGUUAUUUCACUGUUUGGUUGUUCUGUUACCUCACCCAACCUUUCCCCAUUUUCCUCAAAUGCAUCCUUCUGUACAGUUUUUCUACACUCCCACCUGCCCACAAACCCUGACCUCUUUAAGUGCCCUACUAACAUCACAUUUGGAAUUGAUGAACUGUGGAUAUUCUUUUCUUCCUUAGUAUAUAGUUAACUAUCAACACAGGAGCAAAUGCAGUUGGCUUCACUAGUUUCCUCUCACGCUGACAUUGUAAGAAAAUUAUAUUUCAUAUUAAAAGGUUACAUGUUCCUGUGCUGUUCUCUUGGCUAAAGAUGAUACUGGGGAUGUAAUAUUUAAAAUUAAACAUUGUUAAUGCAUAACUGCUAUUUUAAUAAGAAAGUCAAAUGUUUAAUUUUGAUUUCUAUGUUUUAGUUGGGAAUGGAGUCUUGAACAGAUCUAUGAAAAUGGCAGAGGAUGAGUAGUAGAGUUCUGAGGAUGGCUGAAUGAACUGGGCCACUUUGGACAACUCUUUAUUGUAAACAACGAGAAGUUAGAAAACCAAUACAACAAGGAGUAAGAGCUAGCUAGCUUCUAUUUUCUAUUUUUAUUUUAGCAUGCAAGACUAUUCAAAACUGUUCCACCUGCCUGUAAAGCAGGCUUAUGCGUUUCUUUUGCUUUGUAUACUUGUGGAUUUAUGGCUUCCAUCAAAAAUAGAAACCAUUCUGUGCAGCAAAGAUAUUGCUUGCUUAAACUCAUUAUUUGCAUUUGGUGUCCUUUCAUCCCACCUGUCUUCAAAAGAGCACCUUGCAUAUGGUUCCCAGAUGGCUUCCUAUCCAGGCAGACCCUGUAACCUUUACUGCAAAACAACUGCACAUGCUUUCCGACAAUUAUUUAAUAAUCCUGUUGCUUCCCCAUCCCCUCUAGCUGUGCAAGGAAGGAAAAUGUAAUGCUGGUGGUUAGUAGAUUGGCCAAAAUGAAAGCCCACCCUCUCUCACAUACCUCCUCUCAUGUUUCAUAGCUUAGCUUGUUGUACUCCCAAUUAGCCUUCAAAGAAAGGGAGGAACUUUAAUGAGCAAACAUUUCAUCCAAUGAUUGUUCUAAUUCAUCUUAGUUUUAGCUUUGCACUUUGGGAAGUAGAACUGUCCCAUAAUUGGACUUUGUGUGAAUCAUAGUAUCACACACUGUACAGUGUAUUUUGGGGAAGGGCCAUAGUUCACUGCUUAAAGAACACCCAAGUUCAAUCCAUGACAUCCUAUCUGAAACUCUGGAAAACUGCUGUCAUUCACUAGAUGGACCCAUGAUCUGACGUGGUAUCAUUAUUAUAUUUAUUUAUAUCCCACAUUUUCUCCAGAACAGCAGCUCUCACACAAAUUGAAGUAACACAGAUAAAAUACAAAAAGCUAGGAACAUAUGAAAGAUAAUCAUUAGAAGUGAUUUAACUCAGUCAGUUCCUGAAGGCCUGUCCCCACCAAGUGUGCCUGUGACGGUGGUGGGACUGAGAGAAAGGCCCUCCUCAAAAAUCUCAGAGCCCAGGUAGGUUUGUAUGGGAGAAUAUGGUCCCCCAGAUUGACUGGGCCUAAGUUAUAGAAGGCUUUAUGGAUCAUAACCAGCACUUUGAAGUGUACUCCGUAUAAGGAAGAUUCCUUUCGCUCACUAACAUCCUAUAACCUUUUAAAUGUGUUUAUUGGAGAGGGUAGGGAGGGGGCGAGAGGAUUAUUGGUUUGGUUUGGCUUGUUCUUGUUUUUAUUAUGCAUUUUAUAUUUUAUCUUGUAUUUUUAUGCUGUGAACUGCACUGAGAUCUACGGAUAAAGCAUGGUAUACAAUUUUUGUUGUUGUUGUCAUUGCUGCUGUUAUGUACAGCACCAUGUUUAUAAAGGCUGCAUAUCUGAACUUCGUUUUUUGAAGUCACAGGCUUUAAAGGAAUGUGUGAUUUAUUCUUGACACAUCUUUUAUCCAAGAGUAAAAGCUCUUGAGAUUGCUUUUAGCUCAGAAACAAAAACACAUGUGACCACUUUGUUUUGCUUCUGUGAAGUAAUUAAAGUGGCAGAAAUAAAAGAUUUGAAAAGUAGCAAAUGGUGUUUUGUUCCACAAAGAAAGCUGAUAGAUCUUACUAGUCUCUUUUUGCAUCUGAUAGUCAUUUCACUGUGAGCUUUUGGAACCCAAACAAAGAUCAGGCAGGGGAAUUGAACUUUGCUUAGGACACAUAUUUUGUUCUGCUGUCCUGUUAUAAAACUAAUACUUGCAUACACAGUAGAGGUCAUUUCUGCUUUCACUGUUGUUAAGUUUCAUUGCUCUUCAGACAGAAAGUUUAAUUACUUCUAGACAAAGGGGAGGAGCACAGUAUCACAACUGGAUGCUCAUAGUAAAUGAUGAAACCAUUUCCAAAUACUGAGAAUUUUAAUUAAAUGUGUGUAAAAUACUUCAAAGAUUAGACAGGCUGUUUUUUUAAAAAGAAAUGUCGUGCCUUUUUAUACAGCAUGGAUCUUCAACCACUUUUACAUUUAAAACUUGCAGCCCUCCUGUGACAAAUAAUAUGCACAGCACUAGGUGAGAAGUAUUCGAUGGAAAGAAAUUAACAUCUACAUGCAGCCGCUGGGAGAGAUCAUCAGGGGGUUUGGACUGGGUGUUCAUCAGUAUGUGGAUAAUACCCAGCUCCACCUCUCUUUCAAAUCAGAACCAAUGAAGGCGGUGAAGGUCUGGUGUGAGUGUCUGGAGGUGGUUGGAGGAUGGAUAGCGGCUAACAGAUUGAGGUUGAAGUACUGUUUUGGGGAGACAGGAGGCGGGCAGGUGUGGAGGACUCUGUGGUCCUGAAUGGGGUAACUGUGCCCCUGAAGGACCAGGUGUGCAGCCUGGGAGUCAUUUUGGACUCGCAGCUGUCCAUGGAGGCGUAGGUCAAUUCUGUGUCCAGGGCAGCUGUUUACCAGGUGGAUGUCGUAUGUGUUUUUGGAAAUCACCCUGGCCACAGUCCCUCAUUCAGUACAAUCCUAUGGAUUUUAAAAUCAGAUGGGGACCACUGGCAGAGGAAGAGGAGUGCAGGGGAGCGCAGUCCAAGUGUCUCGAGGUGGUGCCGACUUCAACCGUGUCCACUAGAGCGACUAUAAAUGUGCUCAGGAAGCUAUUUGCGACACACGGCUUGCCAGACACACUGGUGAGUGAUAAUGGGACCGCUUUUACUUCAAAGAAUUUGUAACCAAGAAUGGAAUCCGCCACAUUCGUUCCGCUCCUUUUCACCCAGCCACUAACGGCCAAGCUGAACGCAUGGUCCGUACGACCAAAGAUGAGCUUAGGCGCAUAGUGCAUCAAGACUGGACUCUCCAGUUAGCGGAGUUCUUAUCACCCCAAGAGCAGUGACCAGUCGGAGACCGGCGGAGUUGCUUAUGGGGAGGAGGCUCACUACCCUCCUUGAUCGUGUGCACCCCAACCGGGCUCUUGAGCAACAGCCAUCCACUGUGGUGCGGGGGGCUCCAAGAAGGUUCUCCCCGGGGGACACUGUGUACAUCCGAAACUAUGGGCCCAGACAGGGUUGGGUCCCUAGUAUCAUUGCCCACUGUACAGGUCCGGUUUCCUAUGAGGUAGGGUUGGAGGGGGGACUGGUUUGGAAGAGACACCUCGACCAGAUCAGAGCCAGGGCACCUCUGAACAUGGAACUUAAAGGGGAACCAGAGGACAGAGAAAUGGGUACUUCGGGAGAUUCUGUGCCAGGCCAGGGUGGGAACUAGACAGGUUGCUGGUGACUGAGUUACCCCAGCAGGGCGACUACAGGCUGGAAUACUCAGUGGCUCCAUCGGCAGUGACCCCUCCGGCGCCAGCCUCCCAGACCGCCCCACUCAGACCGUGGGUCCUGGAGGAACCUCCUGGGUCACCCACUUGGGCACAGGAACCGCGACGGUCCCAGCGGGAGCGGAAAAGGCUGGCACACCUUGAUGACUAUGUUUGUUCCUUUUGUUAGGAAGUUGGGGGGAGGAGUGUUAUGUAUUGGGUUUAACACAUUUUAUGUUACAAGGCACGUUCUAACCAAUCAUAUAAGUGUUGGUAGAUGAACAUUCUAAUGGCAAAUAAGCACAUGCACUUUCAACUGUUAACGGUCAGUUCCUGCUCGGCAUUAUUAUUGUGUUGUGCAGUCAGUUUGGUUCUUGUUUUCCUAUUUGUGAGCUGUUGUCACUGACAAAUGUUAAAUAAACAUAGUUAAGGAACUUCUACUGCCUUGGGCUUCUGACUUUUCCCAAACAUUUAACAGGGACCUACUGAAUUCAACAGAAAUCAGGUGCAUAGGAUUUUAUUUAUUUUGUUACAAAAAAAAUCUAGAUGGCUGUCCAUCACCAAUAGUUUCCAGCAUGUUAUGAAACAAUAUCACAUCACAUCAAACAAUAAUAGAAUACAGUUAUUAAAACCAAUCAGCAAUUAAAUACUGGGGCACAAAAUUAAACUUUUGGCCUUAAACAGUCACAGCCCAUCUCCUAAAAAGACCCAGUAGAACAGACAAGUUAUAAACAUGGGAGUGGAAUCAUUGCCAUCAGCACCACAAGGGAGACAGAAUUAUAGUCAGUGCACUACAACAGAGAAAGCCCUGUCGCUCAUUAUCGCAUAGUGAGCCAUGCUCAUUGUCAGGAUAGCAAGGAUACAUGCACACACUUGGCCAACUGUGUGGUGUGGAUCACUUGUUAAGUGAGGAAGUGUUGCAACAAAUAACUAGGUCCCAAAUUGCUUUCCAAGUCAGUACUAACAUCAUAAAUUGGCCCCAGUAGAAUUUAUAUAGGCAGCCAGUGCAGAUCCCACAGAAUAGGUGUUGAGUUGUUAUAUGCAGAUGCACCUGUGAAUAUACCAGCAGAUGUAUUUUCAACCAGUGGCAAUCUCUUGACCUUCUUGAAGGAAAGCCCAGUAUAGUGCAUUUCCAUAGUCUAGAUAUGAGCUUUCAAGAACGAGCACCACAGAGAAGGGAAUAGCUGUAGUUGGGACAAGAUCCAUAGCUGAUAAUAUGCACUGCUGGUCACCUGGGCCUCAAGUGUCAGCACUGAGCCAGGAAUAUCCCCACACUACAAACCUGCUCCUUUAGGGAGCAUGCAAGUCCAUCAAGCACAGGCCACACACCCAAUUCCUGAGCACUAUAGAGAAGGCCAGGGAUGCAUCCUUGCAAGGUGCCAAAGGCUCAUUUCCUUUACUUCAAACAUUUUUUAAGCCUCAUGCUCACCCAGAGCAUCACAGGGCUCUUUGCAGCCCCACAAGGCUUCCUAAAAUGAUAGCUUUAAUUUAAGUGGGGGUAGGCUUUUAAAACUUUAGAAAAACCCCAUUGUGAUUUAGUGCACAGAUUUUUCUGUAUUAAAAAAAGAAGUUUGAAGAGCAUCUUGCACAUUUCCUAAAGUUGAGCACAACACACAAACACACAGGAUCCUCAUGACAGCCUCAUAUAUACAGUGGUACCUCGGGUUAAAUACUUAAUUUGUUCCAGAGGUCCGUUCUUAACCUGAAACUGUUCUUAACCUGAAGCACCACUUUAGCUAAUGGGGCCUCCUGCUGCUGCCACGCCGCCGGAGCACAAUUUCUGUUCUCAUCCUGAAGCAAAGUUCUUAACCCGAGGUACUGUUUCUGGGGUAGCGGAGUCUGUAACCUGAAGCGUAUGUAACCUGAAGCGUAUGUAACCCGAGGUACCACUGUACAACAUUUCAUACUUCUUUACUUAUGCACAGACAGGCCACUGGCUCUUUUUAGAAUCAUAGAAUCAUAGAAUCAUAGAGUUGGAAGAGACCACAAGGGCCAUCAAGUCCAACCCCCUGCCAAGCAGGAAACACCAUCAGAGCACUCCUGACAUAUGGUUGUCAAGCCUCUGCUUAAAGACCUCCAAAGAAGGAGACUCCACCACACUCCUUGGCAGCAAAUUCCACUGUCGAACAGCUCUUACUGUCAGGAAGUUCUUCCUAAUGUUUAGGUGGAAUCUUCUUUCUUGUAGUUUGGAUCCAUUGCUCCGUGUCCGCUUCUCUGGAGCAGCAGAAAACAACCUUUCUCCCUCCUCUAUGUGACAUCCUUUUAUAUAUUUGAACAUGGCUAUCAUAUCAGCCCUUAACCUCCUCUUCUCCAGGCUAAACAUGCCCAGCUCCCUUAGCCGUUCCUCAUAAGGCAUCGUUUCCAGGCCUUUGACCAUUUUGGUUGCCCUCCUCUGGACACGUUCCAGUUUGUCAGUGUCCUUCUUGAACUGUGGUGCCCAGAACUGGACACAGUACUCCAGGUGAGGUCUGACCAGAGCAGAAUACAGUGGCACUAUUACUUCCCUUGAUCUAGAUGCUAUACUCCUAUUGAUGCAGCCCAGAAUUGCAUUGGCUUUAGCUACCGCGUCACACUGUUGGCUCAUGUCAAGUUUGUGGUCAACCAAGACUCCUAGAUCCUUUUCACAUGUACUGCUCUCAAGCCAGGUGUCACCCAUCUUGUAUUUGUGCCUCUCAUUUUAUUUGCCCAAGUGCAAUACUUUACAUUUCUCCCUGUUAAAAUUCAUCUUGUUUGUUUUGGCCCAGUUCUCUAAUCUGUCAUGGUCGUUUUGAAGUGUGAUCCUGUCCUCUGGGGUGUUAGCCACCCCUCCCAGUUUGGUGUCAUCUGCAAAUUUGAUCAGGUUGCCCUUGAGUCCAUCAUCCAAGUCGUUGAUAAAGAUGUUGAAUAAGACCGGGCCCUGUGGCACCCCACUAGUCACUCUUCUCCAGGAUGAAGAGGAACCAUUGAUGAGCACCCUUUGGGUUCGGUCAGUCAGCCAGUUACAAAUCCACUGAGUGGUAGCAUAGUCAAGACAGCAUUUUACCAGCUUCUUUACAAGAAUAUCAUGGGGCACCUUGUCAAAUGCCUUGCUGAAAUCAAGGUAGGCUACAUCCACUGCGUUCCCUUCAUCUACCAGGCUUGUAAUUCUGUCAAAAAAAAAAUCAGGUUAGUCUGACAUGACUUAUUUUUCAGAAAUCCAUGCUGACUAUUGGUGAUCACAGCAUUCCUUUCUAGGUGCUCACAGACUGUUUGCUUAAUGAUCUGCUCCAGAAUCUUCCCUGGUAUUGAUGUCAGACUGACUGGGCGGUAAUUAUUUGGGUCCUCUCUUUUCCCCUUUUUGAAAAUAGGGACAACAUUUGCCCUCCUCCAGUCUGCCGGGACUUCGCCUGUUCUCCAGGAAUUCUCAAAGAUGACUGCCAGUGGUUCUGAGAUCACAUCUGCCAGUUCUUUUAAUACUCUUGGAUGCAGUUCAUCUGGCCCUGGAGACUUGAAUACAUCUAAACUAGCCAAGUAUUCUUGUACUAUCUCCUUAGUUAUUCUGGGCUGUGUUUCCUCUGCUGAAUCAUUUGCUCCAAAUUCUUCAGGUCGGGCAUUGUUUUCUUUAUCGGAGAAGACUGAGGCAAAGAAGGCAUUGAGGAGUUCAGCCCUUUCUGUGUCCCCUGUUUGCAUUUCACCAUCUUCUCCUCUGAGUGACCCCACUGUUUCGUUGUUCUUCCUUUUGCUAUGAACAUACCCAUAAAAGCCAUUUUUGUUGCUUUUAACCUCUCUAGCAAGCCUGAGUUCAUUCUGUGCUUUAGCUUUUCUGACUUUGUGUCUACACGUGCUGGCUAUUUGUUUGAAUUCCUCUUUGGUGGUUUCCCCCCUUUUCCAUUUUUUGUACACAUCCUUUUUAAAUCUUAACUCAGUUUAAAGUUCUUUAGAUAGCCACCCUGGCUUCUUUAGGCACCUUCCAUGUUUCCGUCUCUUUGGUAUUGCCUGACGUUGUGCUUUUACUAUCUCCCUCUUAACAAACUCCCAGCCAUCAUGAACUCCCUUUCCUUUUAGUAUUACUGUCCAUGGGAUCUCACCCAGCACUUCCCUAAGUUUUAUGAAGUCGGCUUUCUUAAAGUCAAGAAAUUGAGUCCUAGUAUGCUUGGCUGCUCCUUUCCACUGUAUAGUAAACUUCAGAAGAGCAUGAUCACUCGCGCCUAAUGAUCCUUCCACUUCUACCCCACUAACCAGGUCAUCAACAUUGGUUAGGACCAGAUCUAAAAUGGCUGUUCCUCUUGUUGCUUCUCCCACUUUCUGGACAAUGAAGUUGUCUGCAAGGCCAGUGAGGAAUGUGUUUGACCUUAUGCUCUUGGCUGAGUUUGACAUCCAACAAAUAUCUGGGUAAUUGAAGUACACCAUUACUAAUAUCUCCCUUCCUUUUGCAUGCUUGGCCAUCUGUUCCAGGAAGGCAUCAUCUAUGUCCUCCGUUUGGCUUGGGGAUCUAUAGUAAACUCCCACAAUGAGGUCACUGUUAUUCUUCUCUCCCUUAAUUUUGACCCAAAUGCUCUCACUUUGGCUUUGAGGUUCUAAAUCUUGGAUCUCUUCACAGGUAUACACAUCCCUGACAUAUAACGCCACUCCUCCUCCUUUCUUGUCUGGUCUGUUUCUCUGAAAUAGAUUGUAUCCCCCCAUUAUUACAUUCCAUUCGUGGGACUUAUCCCACCAGGUUUCAGUGAUGCCUAUUAUGUCAUAUUUAGUUUGCUGUACCAAGAGCUCAAGCUCAUCUUGUUUAUUUCCCAUGCUUUGCGCAUUAGUGUACAGACAUUGUAGUCCAUUAAUCAUUCCCCCGUGUCUCUUAUUUAAGGAUUUUUUCCUCCCACCACUAGGUCUGCGUGCUGUUUGCUCCAGUUGGUCUAUGACAUUUGGAUGAUCAUCUUCAUCAAUUGAUAGACUCCUACCUUCAGGAGCACUGUCUCCCUCCCCCACAUUAGUCAGUUUAAAGCCCUCCUGAUGAGGUUUCUGAGAUUUUUGGCAAAAACAUUUCUCCCAACCGUUGUGAGGUGCAGCCCAUCGCUUGCCAGAAGUCCAUCUUCAAGAAACUGCAGUCCGUGAUCUAAGAAUCCAAACUGUUCCUGUUUACACCAUUUGCGAAGCCAGCUGUUCACUUCCACUAUUUUCCCUCUCUCCCUGGGCCACGUCGUUCAACUGGGAGGACAGAUGAGAUGACAAUUUGUGCAUUUAAUUGCUUCAAUUUCCUGCCCAGAGCCUCGUAGUCUCUUUUGAUCUUCUGGAGGCUAUUGCUUGCAGUGUCAUUGGUCCCCACAUGAACCAAGAGGAAGGGGUAUUUGUCAGUGGGUUUUAUGAUUCCUUGCAGUCGUUCAGUUACAUCUUGGAUCUUAGCCCCGGGGAGACAGCACACUUCCCGAGACAUCUUGUCAGGCCCACAGAUCACUGCUUCUGUUCCCCUCAGUAGAGAAUCCCCUAUCACCACUACACGCCUCCUCUUAGGUUUGGUCGGGGUUCUUCUGUGAGCUGUCCGUUCCAAGGUCGCCUGCACAUUCCCUGAGGACUGAUUUUGCUGCUCGUCUUCAUAUACCUGAUCGACUGUAAUGAGGGAGAGAUCCUCAAAUGGAGUCUGCUCUUCAUCUUCCAUGCUAGGGGAGAGGACCUCAAAGCGACUGUGUAUUUCUAAACAAUCAGAGCGAACCCUGGGCCUCCUACUUCUUUGAGUCACGUUUCUCCAUAUAUCUGGCUCCUGUGUUGGUGAACUAGCCUCCUUCUCAGGGGAGUCCCCUGUCUCCUCCUUGGUGGACACGGUGUGCUCUGUUGCUUCCAAGAAGAGCUCCAGCUCUCUAAUUCUUUGGAGCAUAGCUACACGUUCCUCCAGUUGCUGGACUUUGUCUUUUAAGAGGGCAAUCAACAUGCAAUUGCUGCAGGUAAAGCUGCCUGCAACCUUUGGCAAGAUGGCAAACAUUGUGCAGGAACCGCAGGCGACUGCAGCUGUUCCCUCCCCCUCCAUCUUGAGAACGUGUCAUUGGGGGUGGCUACAGCGGUCCUCCAUGAUAAAAAGCGUGAAGACAGAACAAAUAACUCACCCCCACAAAAAAAAAACCUAGGUCUCCCCCAACAAACGUUUGAGACUAGCUCCCCUAAAUCUAAAAGAUGGAUCAAACUCUGACCUUUGCACAGGGAGAGCAGCUAAUCAGCCACAAAGAAACACACACACACAAGAAAACCCUUUUUGCUCCUUCUUCAACUGCUGCCCUGCAAGCUCUGAUAAGCUCCUCCCACAGCUAAUCACCUGCCUCAACAGAAACCCUGCCCCCUCUGACCUUUGCACAGGGAGAGCAGCUAAUCAGCCACAAAGAAACACACACACACACACAAGAAAACCUUUUUUGCUCCUUCUUCAGCUGCUGCCCUGCAAGCUCUGAUAAGCUCCUCCCACAGCUAAUCACCUGCCUCAACAGAAACCCUGCCCCCUCUGACCUUUGCACAGGGAGAGCAACUAAUCAGCCACAAAGAAACACACACACACAAGAAAACCCUUUUUGCUCCUUCUUCAACUGCUGACAUCAGGGCAUGUUGUCCAGAAAGGUGGAUAGGUUAAACCAUUGCUUGUUUUUCAUCUCCUGUCACGUGGAUCCUGGACCAGAGGAGAGCUGGCUGGGCAAUUCCUCCAGAUGCUGAGUUACAAAGCAGCUCUUUUGAGUGGUCAAACAAUGCUUCUAAUGUUUUCUACAGUUCAGUUCUUCUGCAUAAAUAAAAUUGGUCUGCAUUCAUUGGCAUUUCCUAGCAGGGUGAUAUAUUAACACUGAAACAUUGCUGAGUUAAAUUAAAUGCAAUGCAUAGUGCAUAGUUGUAUGAUAUUUUAAGUAAAUUGGUGGUAUAUAAAUACUUUCAUAAAGAAGUAAACAAAUUAAUGUUGGCAAUUUGGGGGGAGAGAUGCAUGAGAGAGUGACUUGCAGAUAGAAAUGUGGAAGAUUCCUCUUGUGCACAGACCUUAUUUGGGGGUCUGGGACCCUUUCAUUAGCCAGCCACAUUUCUUAUCCUGUGUUCAGACACCUGUGGAUAAUGUGACUAAUUUCUUAUCUGCCCUAUAGUCAGGGGCAGCUCUUGGCUGGGCUUUAAUGUCAGCCACCUGUUAGAGGAGCACUGCUGUAUAGUCAUGUAGUCGCAGACAAUGUUUAUGUAAGAUAGGAAAGCAGCUUGGGAACUCACCUCAGUGUAGACCAAGACCAUGAAAGAUGCUACCUACUGGUCAUUAAAUAAGUCCAUCUCUUGCUGUUCUGAGAGAGUUCCACCAACUGAAGGGACCUAAGCUAUCUGGCUUUUGCUUUCCUCUUUCAUCCCCUAUUAUUAUUAUUAUUAUUAUUAUUAUUAUUAUUUAUUAUCAUUAUUAUUAUUAUUAUUAUUUAUACCCCACCGUCCCCAGCCAGGGCCAGGCUCAGGGUGGCUAAUACAGAAUAUAAAUUACAAUAAAAUGUAAUAGAAAAAUAGAAAAAAGGAAAAAAAGUUAAUUAAAAUAUGGCUUAAAAUACAGCUUAAAAUGCAGCCUCGUUUUAGUAGUAGCCCAUAAAUCAAGACCAUAAAGGGAGGAAACAUCAGAUAUUCACCCAAGUCAGCUACCCAUGCUGGUCCUACAUGGGCCAGCAAAAAAGCCAAGGGAAAAUUUAUAUCCCAUAUCCCAUAUAAGGGGUCAGAGUGAGUCCAAGCCGAAGGCCAGGUGAAACAGCUCCAUCUUGCAGGCCCUGUGGAAAGAUGUGAAAUCCUGCAGGGCCCUGGUCUCUUGUGACAGAGCGUUCCACCAAGUUGGGGCCAGUGCUGAAAAGGCCCUGGCCCUAGUUGAGACCAAUCUAACCUCCUUGAUGCUCAGGACCUCCAAAGUCUUGUUAUUUAUGGACCUUAAGGUCCUCCUCGGGGCAUACCAGGAGAGACAGUCCUGUAGGUAUGAGGGUCCUAGGCUGCGUAGGGCUUUAAAGGUCAAAGCCAGCACCUUAAACCUUAAAUCUUGCCUCAAAUUAAAUGUUUGUCAAGGAACAGUACUGGUGUGCUCUUUGCUUUGUACCAAUCCCAAAAGAACCUCCGCUCCUGGCAGAACGCCCUACAGACAAAAGAGUUUCCAUAAGAACAUGAGAAGUCCCUGCUGGAUCAGGCCAGUGGUCCAUCUAGACCAGCAUCCUCUUCGCAUAGUAACCAACCAGAUGCCAGUGGGGAGCCUGAAAGCAGGACCUGAAUGCAACAGAAACUUCCCCUUCUGUUGUUUCUAGAGACUGGUAUUCAGAACUAUUGCUGCCUCUAUCAGUGGAGUUAGAACAUAGUCAUCAGGGUUAGUAGCCAUGGAUGUUCUUCAUCCACUGUCAUUGGCCAAGGCAAUUUCCCUGCCGAAACCAGGCCUGAAAACAGAUUGAAAGGGGUGCAGGUAAUUAGAGGCAGUGCCACUGCCAGGUUAUUUUGCCCCCUAGGCAAGACUAACUACUGGCUCGCGCGCACACACACACACACACGCUAACUUCAAUUUUCAAAAAAAAAAAAAGGAUUGCAGGGAAAAAAUAAAAGGCAAAAAACUUGAAACUACUAAAAAAAAUAAAUUGCAAGAUUAAGUAAUGCAACAAUCUUUGAUUGAUAAAAAAAAGAAAAUGUUUUAGGACACAAAUCAUUUUGAAUUGGGGUGUAAAGAGUCUCUUCAAAGUUUCCAUUUCAGGCACAUCAAUUUUGUUACCAAUUCCUUUAGGUCAGGUGCUGAUGCUUGGACAUGUUCAAUUGAUCUAGUUGCCAAGCAAUUUUGCAACAUUUUUGAGCAGAUAAGUCUAUAUAGUUGCCAAGCAAUUAUAUUUUGCAACAUUAUAUUUUGAGUUUAAGUUUUUGUAAGCUGGAGCUUUGAGAAAUUGCAUUCAGCACUUUCCACUGGCACUGAAAGUGUGGGAAUGAUCGUUAGAGCAAUAGAUACAUUAGACAAAUUAUCCAGGAGUUUUUGUUGUAGUGUGAAAAGAAGUACACUUUGUGGCAACAUGGACUUUGUAAGUCUUCAAGCAAUAGCUAUAAGUUCACAGCACAGAUCUUCAGUACCAUUGUCAUUGCUUUUCUCCCAAGAAGCAGGUGUCUUUUAAUUUCGUGACUGCUGUCACCAUCUGCAGUGAUCAUGGAACCCAAGAAAGUAAAAUCUCUCACUGCCUCCAUUUCUUCUCCUUCUAUUUGCCAGGAGGUGAUGGGACCAGUGGCCAUGAUCUUAGUUUUUUUGAUGUUGAGAUUCAGACCAUAUUUUGCACUCUCCUCUUUCACCCUCAUUAAAAGGUUCUUUAAUUCCUCCUCACUUUCUGCCAUGAAGGUUGUGUCAUCUGCAUAUCUGAGGUUGUUGAUAUUUCUUCCGGCAAUCUUAAUUCCGGCUAGGAAUUCAUCCAGCCUAGCCUUUCACAUGAUGAAUUCUGCAUAGAAGUUAAAUAAGCAGGGAGACAAUAUACAGCCUUGCCGUUCUCCUUUCCCAAUUUUGAACCAAUCAGUUGUUCCAUAUACAGUUCUAACUGUAGCUUCUUGUCACACAUAGAGAUUUCUCAGGAGACAGAUGAGGUGAUCAGGCACUCCCAUUUCUUUAAGAACUUGCCAUAGUUGACUUCAAAAAGGAUGUCUUACUUACUUACAUCAUAGGAGUCUACACAACAGAAAACAUUGUUGCUGUAUGUAGAUUUUAUUUUAAUUGUUUUUUAUCUUAUACUAUGGAAAUGUACAUCCAGAUUUUUAUUUCCCUUUAUUUUGGGGGGGGCAAGAGAGUGGGGCCCUAAGCUAUAGCUUGUUUAGUUUAUACGUAAAUCCGGCACUGGUUGGGACAGAAAAACCUCCACUGCUACAUUUCUGCCAAGCAGCUACGACUGAAGCUUUACCUGGAAGCAUUUUUGAAUUUGGCGCCAGAGGGUCCGUCGCUGAGGUGGUUGCUAAGGACGCCCUGGGCUCUCAGAAAGACGUCGCUAUUUCCUCCUUCCUGCAUUGAGGCCAGGCUGGAAAAGGCACUCCUUGCGAAUCGCUCUGGUAAGGGCUGCUUUCUCCGGUUCCUCCCCUCGCUGAGCCUUUUUGCAUAAGGAAAGGGAGCUCCCUGUUUCUCUCUGCGUGUUUCCCACCCUUCCACCCGGGGGGGGGGGAGGGGGAGGCUGCUUGUUUCUCUCUGUGUGUUUUUCCCUCCUCCACCCGGUGAAAAAGGCUGUUUGCUUUGUUUCACUCGGUCACUGAUAAAGUCUUCCAUCGGGAGCUUGCCUACUUCAGCGUUGUCUGCCUUCUGUGCGUUGCCUUGCAUGUAAGUUUGGAGCUGCUGGCUUAGAAAAGCUUCCUUUGCGUUUAAGUUUGGAGCGGCAGGUUUGAAAUGCUCUCUCUGUUUGGUUAGAGAGCACAGUUUUUGAUUAUUAUUUUUAAAGAUUACAGCUGCUCUUUUUUUAAAAAAAAAGUUCUCUCUGUGUGUUUUGCAUUUACGUUUGGAGAUGCUGGGGUUUUGUUUACUUUUUUAAAGGCUCUGUUUUUCAUUCAGCUUUAGCUCCCCCUUAACUUUUGGCCUCGUCCACUUGGCCCUCAGAGCGAUGGUAAUAAUCUGGCGCUCUGGCAGAAAAGGUACCCUGCCCUUGUUUUAGAACAUCAGGUACUAGGGAGAGGGGGGUGCACUGAGCAAGUCCCAAAAGGAAAAGCAGGAACUGGGUGUAGGGCCCCUUCAGAGAUCAGUCUGCACCUUCAAAUGCAACUGAUGAUCAAUAAAAGUUAUUGCAAAAAAUAACUUGUACAUUUGGCAAAAAUAAGUGUUUGCUUGAACAGUUGUAACAGAUCCUAUCAUGGGAAAACACAAUUACAACUAUAUAAUGUGUGAAAUGACCCUGCAUGUCUGGGAUUUGAGAGCUGUGUGAGAGAGAGAGAGAUUCUAAGGUUUGGUUGUCUUGUAAUCCAUAUUUAAUUUCCUAAAUGAGAAGUGCUGCUGAUCAAGAUUUUACAGAGAAUCCUCACAAUCUCAGAAGUGUAAGGAUGGUUGUGGUAGCUUGGUGAUACAGCAUGAAGCAUUUUGCACAUGCACAAGCUGAGCAAGUUUUUAAAAGCAUGUUUGGAAUGGAAGAAAGUGUAUUUAUCUAUUCUAAGUAAUAAAAUGAGUCUUUGGUGUGAUAACAACAAAGAAGGGGAAAUGAAAAUUACUGGUGAUUGUGGGGUACCGUGAGCACAAAGGUAUGUUUUGGGCAGAAGCAGGUCAGAUAAACCUUGUGGUCACAGACUUCUUUAAAGGAUUGCUGUAUGAAAUGUUUGGUUUUGGAUUGUUUUAGAUCUGCUUGAAAACAAUUUGAUAAGUAUCAGAAAAGAAUUGAGGGUUUUUAUUUCUUUUUAAUGGGUGCCAGGAUAGUGUUCGAUAGGACUUCUUUCUGGAAACAGAUCAAGACUAGGAAAAGCAAAUGGCUGAAACAAAAAUAGAAAGUAUUUACAUUGACUGCUUAAAUAAAGGGCUGCUUUGGACUACUGAAACAUUUGCAGUACAUGACAAUUUGUUUACUAUAUGUCAAACUUUAUUCAUGACUCUGUGAAGGAUUCUGGCAAUCACUUUAUGUUUUGACAUCCUCUCAAUUAAUAUUAUAGUGAUCUUACAUGUCACCUGCGGUGGUAUGUAGUUUUGUAUGACAUUAGAGAAUAUUGUAAAGCAUUUCUUCCUAGAACGAUUUUUUUUUUAUUUAGAAAACUCUUCUGAGUAAUGAGAUUACUAAUUUAGUAAUUAAAAACUGACUUAUUAGUAUUUUCAAAAAUCAAUAUUAAUGUAUGACAUGGUUCCUCAAGGUUUGCCAUCACUGUAACUUACUCUAGCCACUACCUCCAAUAUCUUUGCUUCUUUUAAAGUUAUUGCUCUUGCAUGCCACUGCUACACUGAAUCUGUGUUUGUUGAAGGUGUGUUUAGUGCCCAUAACAGCACUGACAGCAUAAGUUUGCAGGAAUUCUAAAAGCAAACACACUGUUGUAUAGGAAAUUAGUUGUAUGUUCUAGUUUUUUUCUAAAAAUGAAGAUGUUAUAUUUCUAACGAUUGCUAGCAGUAAAUUAAUUUGGAUUGGCAGGAAACAAAGAUUGAGGUUCUGAUUUGGAUAUAUUGAAGAAUAUGAUUUUAAAACUUUUAAUUCCUAUGCUCAUGAACAGAUUUGUAUGUAUUUCCUUUUGACUAUAAUAAUACAAAUAUGCGCCUGCAGAUCUCUUUAACUGCCACCACUCAAAACUAUUGCUAUGCAUUUUGUAAAUUUGAUAAUUUGUUAUCCUCACCACUUUGGCUAUUGUGCCUCCAAUAUUAAGCAGAAAUGUUGCGGCAACUAUAGUUUGUUCACAUGCAACACUACACACAUGCCAGUGACUUCAAUGGAGGAAAUGGAAAGAAACCAGAUGGCCAUAUGGCCAUUCUAAACGUUUCAGGCAGCAAACAGUGAUCUGGAUUAAACUCAGAAUUAUAAUUCUCAAGAUCCCAUAAUGCAACAGACUAUUCCAGGACCCACUAGUGACAUAGCUUUAAUGUUAUCUUAGGACACCACUAGAUAAUCUUGUGUGUUUUUCACUUCCCCAUGCCUUUUUCAGCUUUCAUUGUUGCUGCUGUCUCCAGCUGGCUUACCUCAGGCAGACUAAAAUGGGGAUUUCCACACUGAACACUGUCUGCCUCUUUUGGAAACAAGUUGUGUCAGACUGAAUUUUUUUCUUACACUCCUUCUGACUGAGAAAUCCAAGAUGUAAAGUAAGGGUGGAGGGAGGUGUGGAGGAAAGUGAGAAUGAAACAAUUGUUCAUGUGCAUGGGAGGUAACUGCACAAUUAAUCAGAGUGCAUGGCUGCCUCCUGAAGGAUGGCGUAUGUCUUCCUGCUCAUGAAGUCCAAGUGGUCUGCCCUUGAUUCAGUUCUGGGUUUCAUGCCAUGUCACGUAAAAGGUCCCCUUUUGCAUUAUUUUAUUAUAGAUAUAGAAUGGUUGGGGGACACUGAACAGUCCUUUUCCCACCCCUGGUAAAGGCUAUAUUUGAUUUACCGUAUUUUUCGUUCUAUAGGACGCACCGGCCCAUAGGACGCACCUGGGUUUUUUGGGGGGGGAAAUGAAUAAAAAAAAUUAUUCCCCCCCCCGCUGCCGCCCCAAGCCUCGCGUGCUUCGGGCUGCAGGCUACCGCCCCAAGCCUUGCGCGCUCGGCGGGACCUCCCACCGGGCGCGCGAGGCUUGCAGACACUCGCCCGAAGCAUGGGGAGCCCUCCGGAGGCUCCCCGUGCUCGGGCGACAGGCUGCCGCCCCAAGCCUUGCGCGCCGGCGGGACCUCCUGCCGGGCGCGCAAGGCUUGCAGACACUCGCCCGAAGCACGGGAGCCCUCCGGAGGGCUCCCCGUGCUUCGGGCGACAGCUGCCGCCCCAAGCCUUGCGCGCUUGGCGGGACCUCCUGCCGGGCGCGCAAGGCUUGCAGACACUCACCCGAAGCACGGGGAGCCCUCCGGAGGGCUCCCCGUGCUUCAGGCGACAAGCUGCCGCCCGAAGCCACGCGCGCUCGGCGGGCCCUCCAGCCGGGCGCGCAAGGCUUGCAGACACUCGCCCGAGCACGGGAGCCCUCUGGAGGGCUCCCGUGCUCGGGCGACAGGCUGCUGCCCCAGGCCUGGCGCGCGCGGCGGGACCUCCUGCCGGGCGCGCAAGGCUUGCGGACACUCGCCGGGGCUGCAGGCUGCUGCCUGCAAGCCUUGUGAGCCCGCAGGAACUCCCACCGGGCUUGCAAGGCUUGCGGAUAGCUUCCUGAAGCCUGGAGAGCGAGAGGGUCGGUGCGCACCGAUGCCUCUCGCUCUCCAGGCUUCAGCGAAGUCUGCAUUCGCUCCAUAGGACGCUACACAUUUCCCCUUCAUUUUUGGAGGGGAAAAAGUGCGUCCUAUGGAGCGAAAAAUACGGUACUUGGAAAAGCUGCCUUUCACACAUUUGCAACUACUGUACUAAGAGUAUGUACAAGGAUGAAUGAGGAAAGCCCUUGAAAGGCUAGCUUGUAUCUCAGAGUAAAUGUUUAGCAGUCCCUGGAUUAGGCAGAAUGAUAUCCAGUUAGAAUCACCAGAAUAUGAUAUGACGUGAACUGAAAAAAAGCUCUUUAUUAGGGGGAUGAUUGUGAGAAAUGAAUUGAAGCUACUAUCUUCAGUUUGGAGAAAUAAAGCUACUGUCUUCAAUUUGGAGAAUUGAAGAAGGUAAACCAGCAGUGACUUUGUAUGCUACAGUAGGUUUUGUGCAGCUUUCUAUAAAAAUGGCCAUCUAGCUAUAUGGUUUAUGAAACAAGGGUGCUGCCAUUUAUCUAUAUUUUACUCAGGGUUUGUGCCUCUGAUAAUUUCAAGAUGGCAAAAACCUUUAAAAUCCCUGCUGCUGCCCAUCACUUCAUGUUGGAUGAAGGCAAACAAGUUGAAACUUCUUCCAGUAAGACAUAAGCUGUGCUCAAACAUUUUAUCUGGAUGGUGCAUUGGAGCUCUGACCCAGCCACCUCAGGUGCAUGGGCUUCUCUUCAUAGAAUCAUAGAAUUGUAGAUAGAGUUAGAAGAUACCCUGAGAAUCAUCUAGUCCAUCCCCCUGCAAUGCAGGAAUAUGCAGCUUUCCCAAACGGGGAUCGAACCUGCAAUCGGCACCAUGCUUUAUCUAGCCAACUGAGCUAUCCAAGCUUUUCAUUUCUGAUUUAACUGGGCUCCCAGUCACAGGGAGGUUUCUAAACUUGUUCAACCAAAUGCACUUAGAAAUCCUCUUUGUAUGUUUGCACUAAACACACAAAUGUCUGAAGAGGAGCCCCCACAUCCAAAGAUGUUGGUCUUAUUUCAUUCUUAUGUUGGGGUGAAUGUAUUACCAUGGCUAAAGGAACUAUGGUUUAGGAAGCAAUGUGAUUUUGAUAGAGGUUUUCAACCAGUUUUCGAUGGGUUGCCCUCCCGUUGAAAGACCUCAUUCAUAGCAUGUUCAUUGGUGGCAAGGAGUAACUUUCAUCAGUUUAUGGUGUUAUUAACUUUGAUUCCUAUCAUUCCUACCCAUGGGCCAAACUACUUGGAGCAGAUGGGAGUUGUCCAAAACUUUUGAAGGGCACCAUGUUGGCUACCCCUCUUCUAUAAGUAAAAAAACCAAACAUAGACAGGGUAGUUCUGAUCAUAUCUGUUCUGCUUCCAUUGCUGAAUGUGAACAGAUACAUGCCAGCUGAUGCUGUGAACCAGAUUUGGCUUGACAAAUCCAAGCAUUCAUUCUUUACAGCACCAGUUAGCUAUUUCUAGUCUCUUUUUAGGUGCUUCCAAGUCACACAGCCUGGCCUGUGUGAGUGAUAUUCAUGAACAGCAUUUCUUUGAGAACAGCCUCCAAUUCACAGGCCCCAUAGAUGUGACUGUUGCAAACUCUGCCUUUAAUGGACAAAGUGCUGGCUUAGAUCUAUCACUUGGCAUCAUUGCUAGCUGAUUCUCAGAACAGUGCUGGAAAUUUACAGUACAGCAAAGAGGGAAGUGCAAGAGAAUUGGUGACAGAAUAAAUAAAAUAACAGGCAUGUCUUUCUGACGACGGAAAGAAUGUGCAUCAAGUACCUUUCCUAGCGUUGGAAUUUGGCUUCUCAAUAAAAGUUCUGAAAAUGCCUCUCAAAAGACAGUGAAGAUUACUGUUGCAUUUUAAACCUGAAGCAAAGCGGUAGCAGCACUUUCAAGAGUUCUGUAGAAAAAAAUUAGAAAUACAAAAAACUGCAUCCUCACAGAGCUCCUAUAAAUGUAGAGGAGCCUGUAAUUUUACCAUAUCAGUACUUAGAAAGUACUGAAUGCCUUUGCAAUCACUGAGAAGUCAUUUAAUUGGAUUUCUUGUGCACCUGAAGGCUGAGCAAAAAAUAUCAGAUUUGUACAUACAGAUAUUUAUAUGGCUGUUGCUGAAUGAAUCCCUCUUCUUCUUUUUUUAAAAAAGGAUGACCUUUAUUUUAAGUAGCAUAGAAAAAUAAUAAUCUAUUUUUAUUUGGCACAAGGAUACAUACUUGGCUUUUAGAUUUUUCCAGGUUCAUUUUUCUUCAUAUAUUUAGUAUGAGACAGAGAUAAGGGGCUAGUGAUUGUGGGAAAGUGAUGUUUUUCCCUCAAAUGAAGAAAAUUGCAUCUCUGAGAUUUUAUAUGCAAAGUUCAGAGUUGUGAAACUUUAUAGUAAGCAAUUGGACCCAACUGAAGUGUGACUUGAGAUGGACAGUGCAUGAUGUGAUUGUGAGUUACUUCUAGGUAAGUGGGCAUAGGAUUGCUGCCUAAAUAACAUUUUUGGAGUCCCAUUGUAUACUUGGCAUUCUAUACCAUGUAGAGUGUAAAUACUUUGUGCCAUAAAGCCUUUGAUGUGCCACAAGGCUUUACUCAUUUUUUACUUCUUAGUAGACAUGCAUUGAACUGUGCUUUUAAGCUGUUGCCCUAUAUAUUUACUUAUUAAUGUCAACUGAAUUUUCUUCUGAGGCUUCUGACAUCUGGGUAAACACAAUCUGAGUUGCGGUUUUUAGGCUGCAUUCACAGUCUACUUAAAAAUUACUCAGGAUGCUGCAACUGCCCUAGAGUAAGUGGGUUUUUAGCAAUAGAUUAAUGGAAAUAACUUUUUAAUCUCAAAAGUAUGCAGUUGUACCUCAGGUUACAUACGCUUCAGGUUACAUACGCUUCAGGUUGCAGACUCCGUUAACCCAUAAAUAGUGCUUCAUGUUAAGAACUUUGCUUCAGGAUGAGAACAGAAAUUGUGCUCCGGCGGCGCGGCGGCAGCAGGAGGCCCCAUUAGCUAAAGUGUUGCUUCAGGUUAAGAACAGUUUCAGGUUAAGAAUGGACCUCCAGAAUGAAUUAAGUGCUUAACCCAAGGUACCACUGUACAGAUAAAUUGAAUUAGUGCUAUACAUGUAAACCUCUGUAGACAUUGCUGUGCUUGCAUAUAUACCACAAGGAAGUAAUACAUUCCACAUUACAGGAAAAUGACAGCAUAUUCUCAGCUAGCACAUAGGGGAGUUUUUGAAGUGCUGAAAAUUCCAGAGUUACUUGGAUACAAUGAAUUUAAAUGAGGUUUGUGCACAGAGGAGCCUUGUUUCAGUAACAGGUAUGUGUUGUCAAAGAGUUUAGAAGGACAGGAAAUAUCUUCAAUAAUUGCAGGAAAAUACUGGCCUCUGUUUAUUGUAGUUUAUGCCAAGGAAAUAGCACCAGGCAUCUGAGGCAAAAUCUCCAAACACAGCUCUUACGAAAGAAAAACCCUCACUGCUGGUACAUAUUGCUAUACUGUAUUGGGCUGGCCUUUCAGAAAUGCUGCAAUCAGUGUUUUUUCUGAUUGGUGCAUUUGUGGAAACAAUAUCAUUCAGGAAUGUCAUUCUUGUUGAAUUAUGAUGCAAUAGUCAUGGUUUGUUUAGGUUUAACGUGAAGGAGGCUUUUGACAGUAGUUCCUGUUCAUCCUACAAAUGAAAUGCAAGUUGUUGUCUUCACAAAAUAAUUGCGCUGCUUCACUCUGGCUAGAAUGUGUGUGCAUUUCUUGGUGACAUUUUAAAAAUUUGAGGAUAGCACAGAACUUACUAGCUGCAGGGUAGAGAAGAAGAAAGCAUACUAACCAAAUUAUGUGAUCUAUGUUUCUGCAAUGGAUAGUUCCCUGCCUACUGUAGGUUUAGUAACUGUGAAAAUAAUAAAUGGAUUCAAAGGUAGGUAGUAUAAGACACCUAAAGUAAAUCUACAAGUGUAUAAAUUAUAGUGUGAUGUAGAAACACUCAUAAGAACAAGAAGCAGCUUCACCUUACAGCAUAGAUGUCAACCCUUCCCAACAUGAAAAUAUCUGUCAGAUUUUGGGUUUUUAUAUUACAAUCAGUGGAAUAUAUGGUCAUCUGUUUACUGCUGUUGAGUAAAACAUUUCUGAACUUCAGUUACCAACCAUUUGCUGCUACUUCUAUCUCACAGCUUUUCUGUAGAGAAGUGCUAUUUCUUGUCAAGGUUCUGAGAACUUUAUGCAACUCAUCAAACUCUACAGGUAGAUAUAAAAACCCAAGACAAAGGUAUACUACUGUUUGGAAUGGUUUACAGUGGUACCUCAGGUUGCAGACACUUCAGGUUACAGACUCCGUUAACCCAGAAAUAGUACCUCGGGUUAAUAACUUUACUUCAGAAUGAGAACAGAAAUCGCAUGGCAGCAGCGCCAUGGCAAUGGGAGGCCCCAUUAGCUAAAGUGGUACCUCAGGUUAAGAACAGUUUCAGGUUAAAAACGGACCUCCAGAAGGAAUUAAGUUCUUAACCCAAGGUACCACUGUAUUUUAAAGUAAAUUGUGGUCCAUCAUAUUUUGCUUUAUGUAGCAGUGCCUUCCUGAAGGGCCUGUUGGAGUUGCCAGGAAGUUAUAGUAACAGUGCAAAUGUGUGCCUGAGGGAAGGAUUUCAGAAAGCAGGGAAAUGUGGCUGUUAACUUCAAGAUCAACAUAUCACCUCCUCUGUUGUGUCGGUACCAAUUUAGGUCUGUCUGGUCUUGUUGGAAAUUAUGAAACCAGGCGUUUGUGAGUUUUCCAAAGUGUUUAAACUUCCCCUAGACAGUCAACUUGUUUAUCUGCAGUACUGAAUGUACCUGUACAUGGUAUGCUGACUGUUGUAAUGAGCAGUUAUGCUGGGUUCAAGCUGCCACAAUACCACAAAGAGCCAUACUUAUGCAUUCAUUUGGAGAAGAAUCUCUAAUGAGACCAGCAGUGUCUUUUCUCUCCCUGCCCCGCCUUUGACAUCUUUAAUGUUCUGCUGAAGAACCUAAUAUUUCAUCUUGAACUCCAGUAUGGGACUGAUCCAAUGAAUGCAGUGAGAAUUCAGCAGAUGGCCUAGUUUCUUACGACAUAUUCAGUACAUUCAUACAUCUUCUCUGAGCAGCUGGAUCACUACUAUGCCUUAAACAAAUCUAAAUGUGUCUUUGUUUAGAUCAGCAUAGAAUAAUACAAAUCACUUGCAGAGUGGUAAUGGAUGUGGAGCAUUUUGCAUGCAAUAGUCUCUUAAGCAUACAGAAACUUUGAGAUAGAUAUAUCAUAAUUUCAAGAUGCUGGCUUGCUGUAAUUUAUUUUUUGACUAUUUGAUGGAAUAAGGUGAUUAGUUGGACUCAAAAUGUGUAAGAAAACCGACUUUGGGUAAUAUGCUUUCAAGUUAUUGGUUUCGUAGUGACUUCUAAUAGAUGGGGCUUCAAAUUUAUUAGGUAGGAUGACUCCUAGUGAUUCCAGCAUGAGUGAAUGCCUUGAAAUUUUGUCAGAGAGUGUCUGUAUGUAGGAUGUGGUUUUGCCACACUCUAUGUAGUAUUUCAAACAUUAAUUUUAAGUUUAAAAUUGUAGGGCUUUAGAAUGGUUCUCAGUGGGAUAUUUAGCUAUAUAGUCUAAAUGCCAAGUUUGGUUAAUGAGCCCUCUCAUUAUCAUAGUUAAAUGGGUUGUUACUUGGUUGCUAGUGCUGCCGUAUUAAAAGUUGUGUUGUUCCCAGGCCAUCUGGGUGUGCAUAUGUUUGUGAGCCCAGGGGAAACGGUGAAGGAUUGCUGAUUUGCAAAGUAAUUAUGCUGGCCAUAAAAAAGGAGAAGUGUUGGGUGGGUGUGUUUUUUAAAGGAGCUUCCAGACUGAGACCUUGGAAACUUCAUACUUGUAUGUCAUAAGUUCUUUAUGGCUUUAUAAAAGUAUGCUUGCUGGCUGCUCAAAAACAGUAUCUAGCUUAAUGUUCUCUCUCUCUCUCUCUCCAGGUGUUCAAGAUGAAUCUGGACAAACUCAGCAAACCUGAACUACUGACACUAUUUAGCAUUCUUGAAGGGGAACUAGAAGCCCGAGAUGUUGUCAUAGAAGCCUUGAAGGUAAGCUAUAAAUUACUGGAAGAGCUGCUAUGCAAGAGUGCUGCUGCAGGUGCUAUCCUCAUUUUCUACCCAAAGAUAUAUUGUUCGCUAGCAAUGGUUUAUAUACUGUUCAAUAGUUUAUUAGCAGUCUUGGACCUCAAAUGCUAUGUAGCCACUUAUAUAUUGGCAUUUCAUGUCCAAAUUGAUAACAGGUACAGAAAGUGCUAUGGUUAAACACCUGGAUUAUUACAAAUUCAAACACGUCAUUUUUAAAUCAGAAUUGUUCUCAUUUCAUCACAGAAGAAUAGUGCAACUUGAAGAUCUUGUUCUAACUGUCAUGUUUCAGCAUGUUGUUCUUAAAAAUGGCCUGGUGAACAGCAGCUGUAGGAGUCUCAACAGGCAGAAGCAGCAAUACAGAUAUUUCCUCUGAAUACCUAACUAUCCUCGCUGGCUUCUAUCAGUCCUCUUCUGAGGCCUCCUUUGCAGUACAAUAUUUGUACAGGGUUAAAGUCUGUUGCUAGGAGACAUAUUGGCAUGAUUUGGUUCUCAAUAGACGUUAUCCGCCUAGUAUUUUUAAGUGUUUUCAUUGCAUUUAAUUUAUGCUUACCCCUUUUUUGCAUUUUCGAUUGGCGGUGAUGAAAACAAAGCUUGCUUGGUAAAUGUAUGUAUUUGCUUAACUACUUAAAGAAUAAGCAAGAAGAAUAAACCACCACAAUUUUUUGUCUGUUGGUGUUUUCUGCACGUUUCCGAGCACAAUUCAAAGUGUUGGUGCUGACCUUUAAAGCCCCAAACCAGGCAUAGGCAAACUCUGGCCCUCCAGAUGUUUUGGAACUACAAUUCCCACCAUCCCUAGCUAACAGGACCAGUGGUCAUGGAUGAUGGGAAUUGUAGUCCCAAAACAUCUGGAGGGCUAGAGUUUGCCUAUGACUGCCCUAAACGGCCUAAGCCCUGUAUACCUGAAGGAGUGUCUCCACCCCCAUCAUUCAGCCCAGACACUGAGGUCCAGUGCCGAGGGCCUUCUGGUGGUUCCCUCGCUGUGAGGGAACUAGGCAGAGAGCCUUCUCGGUAGUGGCACCCUCCCUGUGGAACUCCCUCCCAUUAGAUGUCAAAGAAAUAAACAACUAUCUGACAUUUAGAAGACCCCUGAAGGCAGCUCUGUUUAGGGAAGUUUUUAAUGACUGAUGUUUUAAUGUAUUUUUAACCUUCCUUGGAAGCUGCCCAGAGUGGCUGGGGAAACCCAGCCAGAUGGACAGAGUAUAAAUAAUAAAUAAUAAUAAUUACAUAACUUUAUAAGGAACUUUUUAAGCCUAGCUAUUCUGAGCAUAAUGUCUAGGCAAGAGGAGAGGAGAGGUGGCGAAAAUACAACUUGUAUAAAAUGGCAUUGUUCUUAGUGAAACGGUGUGGCAAUCAAUCAUAUAAGGUCAUUCCUCUUAGCUUUUCAUUCAGUCUGAAGGUGCCCGUUAUGUAAAAGUUAGAGACAAAUAAGCAUGGGUUGGAGCAUGUGAAGACAAAUGAUGUCCUGGGUAGACUUGUGCAUGGCUAUUAAUGAGUAAGAACAUAGAUUACCUUAGUAUAUUUUAUUAGUAUUUAUAAUUUUAUUAUUAUUUCACAACAUUUAUAUCCUGUUUGAUUGUAAUAAAACUAAUAAGCCAUUUACAAAAAUUAAAAUUAAAACAUUAAAAUCAUCAAUAAAAGACAGUUAAACAAUUCUUAAGAAAGUUAAAUCAGCUGUAAGCAAAAAGAGACCAAAGCACAUGUCUGCAUUCUACAUGUCUGGGUAGGCUUGCCAAAAAAUUUUUUUAGAACAAAAUGUUUUAAGCAGCUGCCAGAUAGAGCACAGCAAUGGGGCCUGCCUGUUGUCAACAGGUAGGGAGUUCCACUAGAUACCUCCCACAUUAAACUGUGUGAAUUGAGCAGUGUGCCAGAUGGAGUCACCCAGGCAAGGGCAAAAUCUGUAAUGAAUGUUUUAGUGCUGCCUAAAAGCUAAAAGAGAGCUACUGCUACUGCUGUAAGACUGUUCUACCUCAAUAUCUUCUAUGGCCAGUGUAAAAACAUGUGAUUGUUUAAAGGAAUUUAAAGACAAUUAACACCCAAUAAAAGCAACCAGGGAUCGAAUUUGCAGAACAUUUGCUGCAACAUCCACUGCUGCUAUGCUGUUUGAUCCUGGGUUCUUCUGGGGUGCUGCAGCUGGAUCUUUCUGUCUGCCAGCCUCAUGGAAUCUGUAAACAAACAAACCCACUCAGGGAAUCAAGUUGUUGGGGGGGGGGGAAUCUCCUUUCGAUUGCCUUUACCUGCUGUGAAUUGUUGCAAGUCCCCACUUGUCUGUAUUAAAAUUAAUUAGAAGGCAUUUGAAUGAGUAGUCUGGGCACUUGCUGUUGCCACAGCAAGUUGCAUGAGAGAUCAAAUCAAAACACAGAUCAGCAAAACAAAUAUCAGUUUUGCUAAAAGUCUCACAAACAUGUAAAGAAAGAAAACAGGUUGCCAUCUCUGAAAACCUGUCUAGUCGCUUUGAAACCUGUAAGUGCUCUGGCUUCUCUUAAUCCACCCUGUACCCCCACUGCACACCAACCCACCACUGUCACUGCCAGAGGUACAGGAAUGUCAUAGAAUUAUCAUAAAUAUUUGAAGUACUUGGCAGUUAAAACUCUCAGCCUAUAAAGCCUAGAAAAAGAAGGGGCUUCAUGCUUUUGGUGGGAAGGGAUACAAAGAUGUAUGGAGGCAUUACCAAUGCAGAAGGAAGAGGGGAUGCUCUGGUGCUUAUCUAUCUAUCUAUCUAUCUAUCAUCUAUCUAUCUAUCUCUCAUCUCCCGCCCAUCUGGCUGGGUUUCCCCAGCCACUCUAGUGGCUUCCAACAGAAUAUUAAAAACACGAUAAAACGUCAAACAUUAAAAACUUCCCUAAAAGGACUGCCUUCAGAUGUCGUCUAAAAGUCAGAUAGUUGUUUAUUUCCUUGACAUCUGAUGGGAGGGCGUUCCACAGGGCGGGCGCCACUACCGAGAAGGCCUUCUGCCUGGUUCCCUGUAGCUUUGCUUCUCGCAGUGAGUGAACCACCAGAAGGCCCUCGGAGCUGGACCUCAGUGCCUGGGCUGAACGAUGCGGGUGGAGACACUCCUUCAGAUCUUCUCUUCAAGCUCCCUUUCUGCCUUUCCAUUUUUUAACAUAGGCAAUUGGUGUGCAUAUGGCAGCUGUAGUCUAUAGACUACAGACUUGGCUGUCUGAGUUACACCUGAGUUGACUCCUCCUUAAUAAAACCAUUUAAUAAUGCUGUCUUGUCUCUUUUCUCUUGGGAGACAUUCAGAUAUGGUUCCAGUUUCAGGUUUUUCAUGUGGUAUAGACUAAACUGAUUUCAUUUCUGCAAAAUAUGUGCAAUACUUCCUCAGCAGACAAUGAUUUCUGGUUCUGUCUGAGCUGGCUGUCUUUAAAAUAAAAAAGGAUGCUUUAUUCUCCUUUUACUUGGCUUCUUCCUCUUUUUGUUUUUUCAUGCUUUUUUAUUUACCACUUUCUUAUUACUGUUUCCGAGGAAUGAAUCCAGUAUUUUAGUGACUUUACUAAAGCUUUAUCUAGUACAUGCAAGAAAAACCAACGUGUCUUCCCAUUUGGUAAUUUUGGAAAAGGAAGGAAAUGGGCCUCUUUCUGCAGCCAACUAUGGGGAAGUCCAUGUGCUCAUCCUUUUCAAAAUCUGUGCCAAGAUACUACUUCUAAUCACAAAUGACACUGGCUUAUAUCCAACAGAAGCCUGUGAAAUGACUUCUGAGGAAGGGGAAUUUCCUGCCCCCAUUGCUGCAGCCCUCAGAAUCCCCUGAAAAGUGUCUCCUGAGGGUGUUAUCCUUUUGGGUGAAUUGCUUUACAGACUAAGUAAGAACUCCCAUUCUAACACUUUAGGAUAAUAGAUUUGGCAUUUCGUACCAACUUAUGUAUAUGGUUAUGCAUCAAUGCUAGCUAAGAACAAAAGGAUUUGUUCACCUGCUAUGCAUGUAUGAGAAAUUCAGUUUGCAUUUAAAGGUGAACUUACCUAGGACACUUUCCUUAAGAUGCAAACUAAAACAGACAUCCUUUGAAAUUUGCACUUCUCUGAAUUUUGCAAUGCAGUUCUCCUGCCCAGUAGAACUGUGUGCAAAAAUGCAUACAUUAGGGAAAACAACAUUAAAAUGAAUUAUAUUUUGGGAAACUGCUUUGCGAAAAUGUGUUUAUGUUAAAAUUACACACAAAUAAGUGUAUAUUAGUAGAAAUUCAGUGAUGAAUUUUCAACAACUUUUUAAAUUAAAAAAAAAAACUGACAUGGAUAUGGGAAGAACUGAACUUAUGAUUGAGAACCUGAGAGCAACUGACAGAUUCACCCAUCCCUGCCACCUGCACUAACUUGAACAAUAAGCUGGGCAUUAUGCUUUCUCAAGUGGCAAACUAUACAAAUACUGCAAGAUAAUGAAAAAUUGCUCAUUUAAAUUGAAGCUCAUUUGGGGGAAACCUGUCUUGUUUUACUUCACCUUUGUGAUUAAUUCCUGCAUCAUUGCAAAUUUCUUUGCACAUGAAUUUAAUUAGCUUUUGUCUAAAUGAAGAAUUUACAAAAAGAGAGAGAACUAUUUCAAGCUAUACAGUGUUUGAAAGAUGUACGUUCCAAGGAACUGGACAAAAAUAAUUGAAAUAGUACACAGUGGGAUAGCUGAACUUUUGACUGAUGGUAUAGGAAAGAGGAAAAUUGAUGAGAGUAACAUUAGCGUUUCAGCCUUGAGGAACAGUCUUAAUUAUGUAACAAGAAGAUUAUUUGCCUUGAGCUUUUUCAUGAAGAAAGGAGAGGAAUAAAAAUAAAAUCUUGAAGUGAAUUAAGCAAUGAUAGACCAUAGAUUACCUAGUUGAGUGUGGUUUUCUUUUCAGAAACUAGGAUGAAUGUUUUAAUGAUUGGAACUGCAGUCGGGUUUACUUACCAGGAUAGCUAGGAGUCAUGCACAGAAGAGUGGAGACAAUAUUUAGCUGAUUCCUGAAAGCUGAACAGGAUUUGAACAGCAGGUGAUUGUGUGUGUGUGUGUGUAAAAAUUAGUCAGGAUCUUUGAAACUUACUCUGCAAGGUAUGUUUAUGUUAGAAAUCAGUAUUGGCUCAUAUUGCAGCCCAUUUUCCGCUAGUAGAAACAUACUGCAAAGUAAACCAGAGAAUGCUGAAAUUAGCUAGUAUGGCUUUGGAAUUCAAAUGCUACUGGACUAACCGUGCAGAUUUGGGCUUGGAUUAUAGCCAAAAGCUGUUUGUGCUUGCCAAUGAGACCUUGGGCACACACAAGACUCAAGAAGGAAAAUGAUUCUUUUCCUUUACUUCAUGCUCAGCUCUGAAGAAGGAAAAUCCUGCACAAGUCCUCCUUGCUACUCCUGCUCACAUCUGUAUAGCAUGGCAUAGGCCAAACUAACUGUGUGAAUGCAAUUGAGUGUUUGUUUGUUUGUUUGUUUGCUUGCUUGCUUGCUUGUUUGUUACACAAAUAGCAGCCUUAUAGGGGGGUGCAAAGGGGAGUUUAAUUCCCUCUCUACCUCCUAUGGUCCCAACAACAAAAUUUGUGAAGCUUCUGUUUGCAUCUCAAGAGAAGCUUUCAUAGGCUUCAGUAUCACAGAUCAAAGGUGCAGCAGUAAUCUACUGUUGCAAAGGUUGUGCACCACCCCCAAUCUCUGCCAAGUGGUAGCAAGAUUCCAGGUACUCUCUCAGAGUUGUUUCUGUUGGGAAAAUCAAGGCACAGUGGAGGCUAGUGGUUUAUUUUACACAUGUUUACACCUGUCUUCAGUGGAAGGGGUGCAGAACAUCACAUCCUUAGAGUGUCUCUCACUGCUCUCAUAGCUCCAGCAAGCUUUUUCUAUGGCAUCAUGCUACUCAUCAUCACCUUGACAGCCUCCCAAAUCUCCUAUCUCUGUCCACUCCUUGAGCAGAGGGGAAGGAUCACUUUUUGCAUUGCCAAUUGCCCUUAAUAGCCCAAUACCUGAGUCCUCAUUGUUGCUCAGUGGUUCUGUAUUUUGCUAUUUGGCCAGGCUGGUUUGCAUAAGCAAAGCCAGGAAUUUCUUGUUCUGGUACAGUUCUUCAGCUUGUAUUUUCCCCUUGUAUCCCAAAUAGUAUCUAAAUACUACUGUUUAUUAAUUUCUACCAUCCACUAACAAGCCCCAGUGCCCUAGAUCUAUGAUACUACUAAUAUAGAACUUGAGAAGGGGAAAGAAUUAGAAUUUGUUAUGAGAGCCAGAAAACUUCAGAGGAGUUCUGUGUUAAGAAAUACAACUUAGAAAACUUCCCCAUAAAAUGUAAACAUAUUUCUUGCUAUUAAAGACUCCAUUUACCUGGGUAGUAGGUUCAUGGUAAUCUAAAGUCAUUGGGUGCAAAUUUCAUUCUGCAGAGGUGGUAAAGUGUAGACAAAGGGCCACACUUUACAGUGGAGCCCCGCAAGACGAAUGCCUUGCAAGACGAAAAACUCGCUAGACGAAAGGGUUUUGCGUUUUUUGAGCUGCUUCGCAAGACGAAUUUCCCUAUGGGCUUGCUUCGCAAGACGAAAAAUGAAAACGUCUUGCAAGUUUGUUUCCUUUUUCUUAACACCGUUAAUACAGUUGCGACUUGACUUCGAGGAGCAACUCAUAGAACACGGUGUGGUAGCCUUUUGAGGUUUUUGAAGACUUUGGUGAUUUUUGAAGCUUUUCCAAAACUUCUUUUGCAGCCAUUUGGUAAGUUAAACUUUUAAAACUUUUUUGGGGGGUUUUGGAUUUUGGGUUGGGGUGUUUGGAAUUCAAGGACUUGGUGUUGGGGAGGGGUUUGCAAGAAUCUGGAAGCUUGUGUGUUUUUUUCUGCAUUUUUAUGAUUUUCUGUGACCAUUGGGCCACUCUGCUGUUUUUUAAAAAAUUCUGGAUUUGAAUUUCUGUGUGGUGGGUGGCUGGGGGAACAGUUGAGGAGGGUUUGCAAGAAUCUGGAAGCCUGUGUGGUUUUUUCUGCAUUUUUAUGAUUUUCUGUGACCAUUGGGCCACUCUGCUUUUUUUUAAAAAAUUCUGGAUUUGAAUUUCUGUGUGGUGGGUGGCUGGGGGAACAGUUGAGGAGGGGUUUGCAAGAAUCUGGAAGCUUGUGUGGUUUUUUCUGCAUUUUUAUGAUUUUCUGUGACCAUUGGGCCACUCUGCUGUUUUUUUAAAAAAAAUUCUGGAUUUGAAUUUCUGUGUGGUGGGUGGCUGGGGGAACAGUUGAGGAGGGGGUUCUUCAGCAAGAAGCAAAGAGUGGAAGAGGAACCUUCUUCGAGUUGUCCCCCAGAGUCUUAGAAAAUGUACUGUACACUUUGUUGAUUUUUAAAUGUUUUUCUGUCAUGUUUAGAAACUUAAUUUAUUGUUCCUUCAAUUUUUGAAAUGCUCUUUACAGUAUGUGUGACUUUAAAGAGCACUUAAUAAACUCUUGUUGUACCAAAUUUGGCUUUGUUUGGACUUUUUUGACCAUAGGAACGCAUUAAUUGAAUUUCAAUGCAUUCCUAUGGGAUUUCGUGCUUCGCAAGACGAAAAAUUCGCUAGACGAAAAAACUCGCGGAACGAAUUAAUUUCAUCUUGCGAGGCACCACUGUAUUCUUGUAUAUAAAGCAGAUUGAUCACUUGAUUGAAAAGUGGCAUGAUUAGCCAAAUAAGCUUCGUGUGUCUGUGUUUUCUUUUAAUACACUGGCAACUUUUAGCCAUUAUUAUGUAGAACAUCAUUUUGAUUUGGAGCUUCUGCAGACUAGAGAUAAGAGGGUUCAGUCUUUUAUCAAGUUUCUGGCUGACAGAUUACUUGCAUUAAUCUAGUCUCAUUCUCUCUCUACCCCCAUGCUAUGACCUCAGUCUGUGUUUAUUUUCAAACGUCUGUCUCUAGGAGAGAAAAAGCUAGCAAUAAGGAAGUUCAGGAUUGCAUGGUAUGCUAUUUAAAGAAGAUGCAUUUUCUGUGAUCUAGAAGAGGCACUGAAUUGUAAACCGCCCUGUGAUCUCUGGAUGAAGGGUGUUAUAGAAAUUUAAUAGUAGUAGUAAGUACUGUAGUAGUAAUGAUGAUGGUGAAAGCAGCUUGAGAAAUGUAGGAUCUUAUAGCCAGUGCUUUUUUUCUGGGGGUAUGCAGGGGUAUGCAUACGCCUAAACAUUUUGUGAAUCUUUUUACUUUUGUCCAUUUACUGUAUUUAUUUUUCCCAGUUUGAACUAUAAAAUGGUGAUUUUCUUGAGUUACCAUGAGAGUACCCCUAAACAUUUUUUUAAGAAAAAAAAGCACUGUUUAUAGCAUAGUGAAGCCAGGUAUUUAAGCAACUUACAUGUAUGAUGUUAUAAAGGGACAAGAAACACAGCGGAUGAUGUAACUCUGUUUCUUUGCUUCAGAAAUACUGAUAGCAACUAAACAUUUUUAAUUUUUAAAAAAUAAUUUUUAUUGAAUUUUCAAAUUGUAACAACAAAUUUUCCACAAAUCUUAAUUAAAUCUUAACUGAACAAUUUAUAUAUCCAGUUUUCUCCCCUCCCCCCCCUUUGGACCCAUUGGCAGGUUUUGACUAAACUUUCACAACUAUAUAAGAGGUAAAACCAGCAGGAUAUAGAAUUUGUUGAAUAAAUCAAUACAGAAAUACGGGGGCAACUAAACAUUUUUUAAUAGAUCUAGAGGAUGUGUAGUAGAUCAGGAGCAAACAUUCUGUUAAGCCCUUGUAAAAAGACCAUCCAAUAAAUGUUAAAAACCCUGUGGGAAGUAUUCUCCAAAGGCAGUAUGGAAAUAUUAAAGUGUCUUCCUUUCAAAGUGUUGCAGUGAACAACUCUUAAUUCAAUACAGUGGUACCUCUAGCUAUGAACCUAAUUCGUUCCAAGGGUCUGUUGUUAACCUGAAACUGUUCUUAACCAGAGGCGUGCUUUCGCUAAUGGGGCCUCUUGCUGCCGUUGCAUCACCGGCACACAAUUUCCAUUCUCAUCCUGGGGCAAAGUUCUCAACUCAAGGUAACUCUUCCAGGUUAGCGGAGUUUGUAACCUGAAGCGUUUAUAACCUGAGGCAUUUGUAACUCGAGGUACCACUGUACUAGCAAAGUGCCCUGUACUCAGUGGCAUCUUUCCAUAUCUGUGUUCUUGCUCCUUGCCCUGCUCAUUACUGCAGCUGCUACUUGCCCAUGCCUCCAUCGAGUCCUUUUUCCUUCACUCGGGAAACAGUGUUGGCGCUGAUGCUGGAGGUCUAAGCAGUUCUCUUCUCUCAGGAAAAUGUCCUCUAGAGUAAAUAAUGCAAGUGUUCAAGGCAACUCCCUUUGUCUCUUCAGCUAUUUUCCUUUUUGCAAGCAAACUUAAUAAUGGCUCAUUACUCUCAUUCAGACUCAACAAGUUUGUCAGUGCUGACUUCCCUAUCAGUGUGGCAGCAAGGAAAUGGGAAGUUUUCACUUUGGUUUUAGAUUAACUACCACUUGCCAUAUCUUCCACAUCUGAACAAACUGGUUUUCUUGCAGGCAUUUUGAUCUCUACAUGGCAAUAUAAUGGAAAAUACUAUAAUUGACCAAUAAUUUAAAAAAUGCAUAAUCGUUCUUUCUUUAAAAAAAAUAAUCCUCUCAAAUGAGUCAACGUCUCAUGAUCUGUCUGUUUCCUGUUUUCCUAAUCUCAUCAGGCUUUAAAGAUUUGUCCUCCCGGAUAAAUUACACCAUAUUGGAGAAAGAACUGUCUUUUAGGAUUUCCUGCUUUGUGGUUGUAGUUUUUUAAAACUCAUAGCAACCCAUGAAUUGAACAGUUUUUUGAAGUAAACAAUUGUUCCAUUUCUGGAGAAAUAUAAAAUUGAACACACAUACAAACAGUUAUUUCUACUUCCCACUCGUUCCAGAAGAGUGGCUAUUCACAAGUCUAUUUUAUAUAUUGGUAUUUUGAGAUUGCUUUAAUCUAAGGUUGCUUUAAAGGCUUCUGUGAAAACAUAGCUAUGGUUUUCUUCUUGAGAAAAAUACAUUCUUUGGUCCCUGUCCAAAACGCUUACAAACUGGGAAGUCUCUUCAUUUCUUCAGAAUCUCAGUGAAAAUGUUUUCUUACAUAUUUAUUUAAAUUCUAUUACAUAUCCCACCUUGGAGGCUACCAGGGAACCCAAGGUGGUGUGCGUGUGGUUUUCAGGCAAUUACUUCAGGAAGGUGGUGACCUCAUGAGCUUUCAGACCAUAUCCUGAAACACGCUUAAAUCAUUCCUUACUAAUAGUGGCUCAUUCUGUUUUAACAAGUGAAAUAGAUCCAGCAAUAGAUUUUAACAAGUGAAAUAGAUCCAGCAAUAGAACAUCCAUCAGAUGUUACAGAUUGUAAAGGGGACAUUAUUGCCUUCUAUACAAAUAGCUUGCUUUUCCUGUAGUUUUAACUGCUGUAUGUUGUUGCACAGAGACUCAGCAGAGCUGUUGCUUUAUAGAGCUACUGUUUAAAAUUAAAGUCUUUAUUGAAGCUGAAAGGGCUACUUUACUUAACUUGGUAUGGCUUCAACAUGUGUUUGUGUUCAUGGAGACCCCCAGAUGUGCAAGCAUAGCCAUCAUUUAAUACAGCUACGGUAUUAGUGUUGCAGGAGACAGGAUCACUUUGCCACAAGAAAGUUUUUAAUGUGUGAUAUUUUAGUGUAUUUUUGGUUUCUGUGGAAGCCGCCCAGAGUGGCUGGGGAAACCCAGCCAGAUGGGCGGGGUACAAAUAAAUUAUCAUUAUUAUUAUUAUUAUUAUUGCUUGGAUAACUGCUCUUGUCUGAAGAAAUAGCUUUGCCCUGUUCGUUAGGUUUACAGUAGUCAAAACAGGUCAGGCUUGGUCAAAAUGACAUUGUGAGCUGCACUGGGAGGAAGCAAAUGCUAUUGGUUCUGUGCUGUUCGUAAGAACAGAUUUUCACGAGACAAAUAGCGACAUGAAUUAAUUUUUUGGCUGCUUUUGUAUAAAUUAAUCAGGGAUUCCAUGUAGGAUUAAUGCUUCUGCAUACUUCAGUCCUCAUAAAGAUGAAUAUAUGAUGGAUCAGCAGUCUAAACUUCAGAAUGGUAUUAAAUUUACUGAACAAUUAAAUUUAUUGAAAAUGCACCACUCUUUCAUUUAGCAUUUGUGUGGACUGAGAUUAGGCAAGCAUCAUUCUGCUUCUUGAAUUUCCUGGAGUAUUUUUCCUCUCCGGUUACAAAAGCCAUUCAUGAAAUGCCAUGUUGUUCUGUGCUCAGUAAUUCUGAAUGAGUAUCAGUGUUCCCAUCCCAGUGUGGGAAAGCAGAGUUGUCUGUAGUUCGGAACAUGUGAUUCAGCUGGUAAACUGGGACUUGUUUUGUGUGUAGAGAGCUUUUAUGGGUAUUGAACAAGGAAAGAGAUUCUGAAAUAAAUUUCCCAGAACAGUCUGAAAGCAAAGUAUUUCCAUCAGCCUCAAGACUGAAGGCUGCUUCACUGUUACUUUGUUUAACAAGAACUUUAUAGAACCACACUGUGUAUCUACUACAGCUAAAAUGCUAGAAGUGGAACUGUUCCUUGCUCCUAUGUCAAGCGUGUGCCAGUAAAUGGAAUGUGUGGAGCAACCUUGAGCCGAAACAAUGUCAGCAGCAUGGUAUUGUUGAGUUAAGCUGCAAGUGAAGUAAAAGACAAUCCACUGAUUAUCUUGUAUUUGGAGUUGGGAGAGCAAAAGUUGACCUGUCAAAUACGCCUUGACAUCAAUAAGCGUUUGUGUAAGUGACACUCUACCUUUAUGUUUGUGUCAUCAGAUAGCAGGAGUGGGACAUAGCAGGAGUGGGACAUUCCCCCUAGGGAAAUAUUGCCUAUACUUAUUGGCAGUAUCUCUCCAGGAUUUUAGCCAGGGUUUUAGCCCUACCUGGAGAUAUAGGGAAUUAAACCAGGGAUUUUCUGCAUGCAAAACAAAUGUUCCAAUACUUAGGAACAUGGAGAAGUGGGGUGGUGGUGAGGUGGUGGUUCUGUGCACUUGUGCACAAAGCUGUUUCCUCUUCUCUCCUCCUUGUUCCCUACACUAAGCUCAAAGUGCUCAAACCCAGCUGCUCUGCCCUUUAGCUCCCUACCCCUGCCAGUCUAGAGUCUUUGCGAAUAAAGAGUGAAGAAGAAACCUCCUCCCUAGCCUGUUUGUCAAGUUGUUUGAACCCUAUUCACAAAGGAAACUUAAUACUUUUCUGAACCAAAUCCCGGAAUCCUGACAAAUUAUCCAAUCUGCUUUACUAUGGUUGUUUUUUUUUUUGUAAUAGAUCCAAGUGAGUGUAUUUGUAAUCUGUAGGCCAGUGUUGGCAACAAUGGAAAAGGAAGCAGCUGUAUAACCAGCAACUGCCUGACCUUGAUGUAUUCAUCAGCCACCAUAAGCAAACACAAAGGGGUCAUGGGGCUGUGCAUGUACUUUGGUUCUUUAGUUCAAAGGGUUCCUUUUGUGUUGAUCUUGGGAAUUUCUUUUUUGGCACUAAUUAAAAUACCACAGACCUCUGCAUUUUGAAACUGGGCUUCCUUUUCCUGCAAAUGGUUUCCUGCAGGGAAAAGUGAGGAUGUAAAUGGAUGGCUGUAGUUAAUGAUGGUCGAGAUCAUGGUGAGAGGAAAGGAUAGUAGUCAGUUUCUGCUCUUGUAAUAUCUUGUAAUAAGAUAUUAAUUCCAAUGCCACAUAGCAUAUUGCAUUAACCCCCAUGCAUCCCUAUCCAUUGUGGUCUAUGUCAGAAGUACGAAGCCACCCUAAAGAUUACUCAGUAAGCAGUACUUUAAAAACAACCCACUACUUAAUCUUAACAUUAAAUCCCCAUGCCUCUUAAGUGAAUAGGUUCUGUAUAGAGAAGCAUGCACCCCAUUAGAUUAAUUUAUCACCACACUAACAGGUAGUUUAUUGCCAUAAAGAGAGGCUGUUGGGUAGGCAAGUGCUGACCUCAGCUUCUUCCCUUCCUCUUCUGAAGUGGCUCAGGAAGAGAACCCCCAUGCUUUCUUUGUUUACUGCAACACUACCCUUCAUAGCGCAUAGGAAGCUGCCCAAAUCAGGCACAUUGGAUCUCCAGGAUUUCAGGUGGAAUUUUCUCCCAGCCCUAUUGGAAGAUACCAGAGAUUGAACCAGACACCUUCCACAUGCAGAGCAGAUGUUCUACCCCUGAGCUACAGCCUUUCCAUGGCCCCUGCUUCUUUCAAGGCUGCUUUCUUGCCUUCUCACUUCCUUCGCUUGGUAUCCUCCUCUCUUCAGCCCCAUUCCAUCAAUCCCAAUGGAAGGAACCUCCCAUUUCUCAGGUUCUCUUGUUGUUGUAAGUUGUUGUUGUACAGUAGUAAGGCAGUGCUAUAAUAAGUAGCUCUCAUGCUGUUUCCCCCCCUCCCAGGUCCUUCACAGUCACUCAUUCCACUCACAACCAGCCAGUUGUGCUGGUUUUUGCACUCCUGCCUGUCCAGUAUUUCAUGACUCCUGUUUCCAUGAGGUGACAGGAUUUUAUCUUGAAUUUUAUUUCUAUUUUCCCCCUCUGGUAGCUAAUAACAUUAAAAACUUAAUCAUAUGUUUCAGGCCCGGCGCAGAGAUACUUUCAUUGAAGAGCGCUAUGGACAAUACUACAUUAAUAAUCCAUUUACAGCUCUUCAGAGAGAUUUUGAAGCACUGAAUGAAGAGAAUCGUGAUGAUAAGCAGCCUGUUUGUACCAAUCCCUUGUCCAUCCUGAAGGUAGUGAUGAAGCAUUGCAAGAAUAUGCAAGAAAAAAUGUUGUUUCAACUAGCUGCAGCAGAGAGCAGGCACAGAAAGGUGGGUUCCAAGACCUUUGUACUUUGAUCAAAGGAAUAAAAUUCUUCCUGCUUAGCAUUUGGUAUUGCAGAGCAGUUUAACACUACAUGUUGAACCACAUUUUCUCCCUCUUGAUGUGACACUUUCAGUGUGUGACAUUCAUGGUUUUGCACAUUUCCCAGUCUCAGCCUUGUAGUUUAGCUGAUUAAAAUAGCAUUGCAGUGCUAACAUUCUUUUUAUGAAGCUCCCAACAAGCACACUUCAAUUAGUAAAGCACAAAUACGUUGCUGUUUUGUUUUUGUUUUUAAUUGAUGCUGCUAUUGGAAUGUAGAAAACUUUUCAAAACUGACCAAAGUCUUGUUAUCAUCCAGCUUCUCCUUUCCCUGUUGUGCUGGAUGUUCAGUUAACCCAUUUUAGCACUUUGACCUUAAAGUUUCUGCCCCCAUAAGAUGAUAAUUAUCAAUCUCUGGUUGCAGUUUGAUCAUAGGCAGCUUUAAAUCUGCAGAUAUGUGCUUUUCCAAUAAUUACAAAUAUCCUAGAAAAACAGCUGCUGACAAUUCUGAAAGGAAGCAACCACUUCCUUUUAGAACAUUAACAAACUAGAACCUCUUUUGUUCAGUUAUUGCCCUGCAUUUUGGACAUUUCCCCAAGUUCAUAAUUUAGAAAGAUGCAGAUCAAUCUUUUCCUUCCUCUCCAAAUGGUCUUGAGUUGUAGACUAGCAUGCCCUAUUGUAUGUUAAUAUAUCUGUCCCAAUCCUAUAAAAAGAGUUGUCCAAAUUGAUUUGAUUUACACCAGUUACACAGUUUCAUAAACUCCAGAGCAAGCAUGGGGGCUUGGGAGAAGCAGAAGCUUACACAUUUUAUCUCUUUUGCCAUGGUCUAAUUUCUAGUUGAGGAAGACCCAUAAACUUGCAUGUAGAAAUGCCUGUUGUGCUGAAAAAUGGGAAAAGAAAAAUUGAGUGCUCUCCAGUUACUGGAAGAACAAUAUUGGCAGCAGUUGAUUCUAGUUACAGCUGCCAGAGACAUGAGACAACAUGGAGCACUCCACUGGUUCAGCUGGAAACCAAGUGCUGUUUGGCUCCUCUUGGUUCUACUGAGAACUUGCUCUCACUCUCUCAGACUCAAUUCCACCUGGUCAUGAAGUAUUUUUUGUACCUGUGAAGAAUUAGCAUCUGAAUUUGUUUGUUUUCCUGUUCCUUCUCUGUUCUACCAUGAAGUGACACUUUAGCGUUGUUCAGAAGCCUUAUGCUACUAGGUAAAGGUCAAAGAUUCUGUAUGUCUGUAUUUUUGUGUGUUUUGCUUGAAAUGUUGCUUUAGGCAGAAAGGGGCCUGGCCUGUACAUCUGGAUACAUUUGUAAUUGUUGCUGUAUUUAAAGGUGAUUGAUGGUGUUCUUCUUCUGGUCUGAAAGGUAAUCUUGGAUCUUGAGGAAGAGAGGCGGCGGCAUGCCCAAGAUACUGCUGAAGGAGAUGAUGUCACAUACAUGCUGGAAAAGGAACGAGAGCGGCUCGCACAACAGGUAUGCCUUCUCACUAGUUAGUCAGCUCUUGGAGAGGAAUGAUUAAUUGCUGCUUAGCACAGAAAACAUGCCUUGUAUGGGUGGGGAAACUGAUGGCUAGCAUUGGUAUUUGUGUAUUUGAGAGCUUCAUUCUCCACCGCCAGGGAGAGACUAGGCUUACUAGAGUGAGAUUUUUGUCCAGUGUGUGAAAGUAGCCUGCAGAUGCAAGAGAUGUAAUAACAUUUGAGCAUAAAAGGAAAUCAUGUCUCUAAGAAGAGGUUUAUUUCCAAUGCACAUUGCAAGUCGCAGCAGGGAGACUCUAAAUGGGACUGCAGUGGGAACCCCAUGCCUGCAGUUUGGCACUGGGACUUUCUUCCAUUGCCAUGCCACUAGUUUCUUCACCCACACAAGGCAAAUAGUAGAUGCACAAUGGAACUGGUGUGUGUAAGGGUUGGGGAAUGGAUGGGAGAGAACAUGUGGGUAACCACAAUUUAUUUAUUUUUUUGCUCCAUACUUGCACACCAUAGGUAUGAGACCCUUGCCAUGAUUAUGGCUGAGGGAAUGUGGCUAUCAGUUGGUAAGUAAAGGUAAAGGGACCCUGACCAUUAGGUCCAGUCAUGGUCGACUCUGAGGUUGCGGUGCUCAUCUCGCUUUAUUCACCUAGGGAGCCAGCGUACAGCUUCCAGGUCAUGUGGCCAGCAUGACUAAGCUGCUUCUGGCGAACCAGAGCAGCGCACGGAAACACCAUUUACCUUCCUGCCAGAGCGGUACCUAUUUAUCUACUUGCACUUUGACAUGCUUUUGAACUGCUAGGUUGGCAGGAGCAGGGACCAAGCAACGGGAGCUCACCCCGUCGCUGGGAUUCGAACCGCUGACCUUCCAAUCGGCAAGUCCUAGGCUCUGUCGUUUAACCCACAGCGCCACCUGUGUCCCUUUUAUCAGUUGGGGGGGUGGAAUAAAAGGUCCCCACCCCUAAUCUACAUUAUGUUGACUUUACAUCUUAUGGUUAAUGUUUGUACUCCUUAAUCUGGUUAUUUUCUGUGCACACAUUGAGCUGGGAGUGCAGACUGCUCAUGAAACUUAAUUUUUAUCUACAGUGAUCCUUAUAUCCAUCCACUCACUAACUGAUAUGACUGCCUUUGGGAAUCUUUGUGUGUACGGAGUGUGCACAAAACUAUUUUUUACUUACUUCCCCCCUCUGAGCUUCUUUACCUUCCUUUCUAUAGCUGGAAUUUGAGAAGUCGCAGGCGAAGAAGUUUGAGAAAGAGCAGAAGAAGCUAUUGGGCCAGUUGGAGGAGGAGCAUGACCGCCAGCAGCAGCUUUCUGCCAUGCUUGUGUUGGAGUGCAAGAAAGCCACAGCCAAAGCUGCAGAGGAAGGACAGAAGCUUGGGGAGCUGAGGCUGAAGCUAGCUGAGGAAAGAAGCAAAGUAAGCCAAUUGGAGGGAGAGCUAGCAGCCCAGAAGAAGAGAGGCUUGCAAAUGGAGGCGCGAGUGGAGAAGCAGCUGUCCGAGUUUGACACUGAACGGGAGCAGCUGAGGGCCAAGCUGGAUCGGGAAGAGAAUCGCACCAAGGCCCUGAAGGAAGAAGUAGAGAAUCUGAAGACAACUCUAAAAGAAUUAGAGGCCUCAUAUAAAACUGGGAGAGGCAAAGUAGAGCACAUGCCACCAAAGGUCUCAAAGGUAUCCACAGCAACUGCCACAGAGGGCUCAAGUAGGUCAGUCACUUGCCAGACAGAAAGCCCCUGGACAGAGAGCCUCAGCCAGGGAAGUACUAUUCGACGGGCACCUAUAUUAUCACCUAUCUCUGCCACUGCUUCCCACUCUUAUAGCAAGGCAAAUGGGCACUGUGAUGCUCAUGUACAAGCAAGUAUGGAGCCAGCUCUGCCCAAGGAUGAGUCGAUUGGACCAACAGCUGAGAGGGCCACAGAAAUUAGCAGCUCCCCAGUGAGAACAGUUUCCCUUUCGCCUUCAACCCCACCAGUCCCUUCCAGUGGGAUAUUCUUUUCUCCGAGCAACACAGCUUCUUCAUCUCUGACACCCUCCCCAUGCUCCUCCCCAGUGAUGACUAAACGUUUGGUUGGAGCAUCAGUCAGCAGCCCCAGCUACCAAUCUUCGUACCAAGUGGGGAUAAACCAGCGCUUCCAUGCGGCACGUCACAAAUUCCAAUCCCAAUCUGAUCAAGAUCACCAGCCAAGCGGUCUCCAAAGUCCUCCAUCUAGGGAUCUGUCACCCACCCUGGUGGAUAAUUCUGCCGCAAAGCAGAUUGCCCGUAAUACAGUCACUCAGGUUCUCUCCAGGUUCACCAGCCAGCAGGGUCCCAUCAAGCCAGUUUCUCCCAACAGCUCCCCCUUUGGGACAGACUACCGAAGCCUGGCCACUCCCCUGAGCCCCAAAAGUGAGUGUGGCCCAGGCAAGGUCUCUGGCCCAUUGAGUCCACUGUCACCUGGAAUUAAAUCACCGACCAUACCCAGAGGAGAAAGAGGGAACCCUCCACCAAUUCCUCCCAAGAAACCUGGACUGACUCCUUCUCCAGCCAGUCCCACUCCACCAACUAAAACCUCCUCUCAGGCAUCUUCUCUGAGUUCUCCUAUGGACUUGGCAAGUAACUGCUCAAGCAAUCCUGUUGUAGCCAAUGGGAAAGAAAUUGAGAUCUUAUUGCCAACCAGUAGCUAG